CCCCGAGCUCGCCCCGCGGCCCCAGGAAAAAGGGAGCCGCUUCGGAUCCGGCCGACGGCGCUUGGCUGCGGCGGGAUUCCCAAGCCGGGGCUGGAGAAGCCGUUACCCGCGGCCUCCGGGCCCAGUCGACUGUGGGCAGCGGCGGCCGCCAUGAGCGCCGCGGCGGCCUCGGAGCGGGGGGAAGCCUCGGCCUCGUCGACGACCUUGUCCCCCUCAGCUGAGGCGGGAGGCGGCCACGGGGAGCCCCAGCUGAGGGCGGCAGAAGAGGAGCGCGAGGCUCGGCAGUUCGCCCUCUACCUGGCCCCUGAGGCGGGGCGAGAGGGGCGCGAGGAGGUGCGUGGGCGGUUAACGGCCGCGGCUGAGGGGUCAUCCGCGGAGGGGGGGAGGGGAAGCGUUGCUUAGCUACGGUGGUGGGAAGGACAGGUGGGCGUGGCGGCGGAGGUGGGGUUCCCGCCAAAAUAUUUUUUUGGGGGGGUUGGGGUUGGAUUCAUUUGUCUCUGGGGGAUGUGGGGGGACUUUGAAAGCCACGCUGCGAGGGGGUGACGCGUGUCUCGGGCGUGUAUACGUUCACACAGACACACACAAUAGAUGCCAGGCUUCGUUUAGUAUCCUAUCAUUUUGUGUGUGUGUGUGUGUACACGUGUACAUACACACACAUAUAUUUAGAUACAAACACACACAAUAGAAUACUAAACCAACAGUAAGAGCCAUUUGGGAUGGACUCCCACGAGAGGCGGUGGACUCUCCAUCCUUGGAGGCUUUUAUGCAGAGGCCUCUGUCAGGGAGGUUUUGGUUGCGAUUCCUGCAUUGCAGGGGGUUGGACUAGAUGACCCUGGGGUCCCUUUCAGCUCUACCCUUCUGCCAUUCUAUAAUUCGAAGCUAAGCCAUAACAAAGGGAAGCAGGGGGUGGGCGUGGAGGUGGGGAUCCAUUCAGAGUUGAGGCACAAAUUCGGGUCUUAUUUUCCUGGCAGCCAGUGCAAAUAGAGAAAAUACGCAAGGUAUCAUUAUUUCCCUUGUCCCGCAACAGUAUUCUUUUUUGUGCCUGCCGAAGACAUUCUUAUUUAGACAAGCCUACGCAGAUAUUUAGAAAGUUUGUAUGAGUUUUAGUUCAUUUUAAUCUAUUCUGGUAUUAACUUUCUGUAUGUUUUUAAUUAGGGUUGCAAUAUUUUAGGUGAUCGUUUUAUUGUGCUAUCUUUUUUGUAAGCUGCUUUGAGGUUUCUUCUACAACAAUCAAGUAGUAUAUAAGAUGUUAUUAAAUAAAUAAACAAAUAAGUACACUCAACUCCCACUUGAUGGGACAACUUUUCCUGAUUUUUUAAUAAGAAUCUUUAUAUAAAGGAAUGUAGUCAAUAACAUUUUAUAUAACUGUCUUAAACCCACUCACAAACCCUGUUCCAAACCCUGGAACCCUGUUAUAGCAGCUGUUCCAAACCCUAUAACCCUGUUAUAGCAGCUGUCCAGAAAGGCGGUCUUAAUUCUGUAAAAGCAAUUCUGUGUGGAGCCAAACUAAUUAACUUGAGCUAGUUGGCUUUCUGAUGGUCUGUCUUAAUACAUGAAUGCAACCUGGAAAAUAAUUGAGGAAUGGUUAGUUAGCAUUAUCAAGCAAAGAAGUUCUGCUAUACACAAACUUAUUUGACACUGCUAUUCUUAGAAGAGCAGAUAAAUAAACUGGGAGCAUGUGUGAUUGGUGAAGGCAGCCUUUAUCUUUUUAAAAUCAAACCACUUUAUUAUUUAAGAUUUCUGUCCCACCUCCUCUACCAAGCUGGGCUGUCUGGGUGGCUGAAAUUCAGAGAAAGCCUCAAUGCGGUAAAACAAACAAACAAACAAACAAACUACUUAGUAAAACAUAAACACAUUUUCUUUUUUAAAAAAAGCUAUGAUCACCACCAAAGCUAACGGUUAGCCACCUUCCCUUCAAUGUUUGUUGAAGCAUAGGAAAGCUAAAGAAUUCCAUACGCAGAGACACAUCUGCUUGCAGAUGUCAGUUAAUGUUAUAAAAAUUAAUUUUAUAUCCUAAGGUUACAGUGCUGUGCCCGUUUAUCUAGAAAUAAUACAAGAAGCUGCCUUAUACAGAGUACAGUAUAAGAUGUAUAUAGAUGCCAGGAAUGGAAAUUUGGACUUGCAUGCAAAGUAUGCUGCUGUAUGCACCCAGACUUGCUUCUGUGUCAGCAUGUGCAUAGUUGCACUAUAAAAAAAGGUUUUAUUUAUUUAUUUAGAAUGUAACUUCCAGAAGGCUCCCAAAGUGGCUUAUAUGCAGUCAUUUAAAACAGGACGACCCCUGUUCUUAUUCUUAAUAGUUUUAAAGACAUGACAUAAAAGGAAAAGGGACAGGGAGGAAAGAUGAAAAUAGCAAACUCAGGUACCAGUUAUUUAAAUUAAAUAACAGGUCUUAUAAGGACAAGUUGGAAUAGAAACAGUUCAAGAGCAGGAGGUAUCUGUCAGUGGAGCUGAGAAAAUACCAAAGUUGUACUGUCACAGGUAAUACACCCUGAUUCCUUUCUGUGUUGGCGUUCCAUCUGCUACAGUUAGAGAACUAGGUGGGGACAGACACCACAAAGAGCAGUGCCCAGGAGUUGGCAGUGCUACCCUUGGUUUAUCUGUGAUAUGGGGCAAGAAGAGGUAAAUCAACAGUAGCAAUCACUCCUUGGGGGGAGCAACUGCAGCAAAUUGCUGUUGCAGAUGGUGCUGCUGCUAGAGCACAUCUGCGCGGUAUAUCUGAAGGGGUUCAAACUGCAAUAGGCCAGUGGCCCAGAGAUGACAGAAGUUGCAGUUCAGCAGUGUCUGGGGGGCUGUAGCUUAGCCACCCCAGAUCUAUUAAACCAUACAUAAGGAAUAAGAAUAAGAAUACAGUGGUGCCCCGCAAGACGAAUGCCUCGCAAGACGAAAAACUCGCUAGACGAAAGGGUUUUGCGUUUUUUGAGCUGCUUCGCAAGACAAAUUUCCCUAUGGGCUUGCUUAGCAAGACGAAAAGCAAACGUCUUGCAAGUUUGUUUCCUUUUCUUAACACCGUUAAUACAGUUGCGACUUGACUUGAAGAGCAACUCAUAGACCGUGGUGUGGUAGCCUUUUGUGAGGUUUUUGAAGACUUUGGUGAUUUUUGAAGCUUUUCCAAAACUUCUUUUGCAGCCAUUUGGUAAGUUAAACUUUUAAAACUUUUUUGGGGGUUUUGGAUUUUGGGUUGGGGUGUUUGGAAUUCAAGGACUUGGUGUUGGGGAGGGGUUUGCAAGAAUCUGGAAGCUUGUGUGUUUUUUCUGCAUUUUUAUGAUUUUCUGUGACCAUUGGACCACUCUACUGUUUUUAAAAAAAUUUCUGGAUUUGAAUUUCUGUGUGGUGGGUGCCUGGGGGAACAGUUGAGGAGGGGUUCUUCAGCAAGAAGGAAAGAGUGGAAGAGGAACCUUCUUCGAGUUGUCCCCCAGAAUCUUAGAAAAUGUACUGUACACUUUGUUGAUUUUUAAAUGUUUUUCUGUCAUGUUUAGAAACUUAAUUUAUUGUUCCUUCAAUUUUGAAAUGCUCUUUACAGUAUGUGUGACUUUAAAGAGCACUUAAUAUACUCUAGAUGUACCAAAUUUGGCUUUGUUUGGACUUUUUUUGACCAUAGGAACGCAUUAAUUGAAUUUCAGUGCAUUCCUAUGGGAUUUCGUGCUUCGCAAGACGAAAAAUUCGCUAGACGAAAAAACUCGCGGAACGAAUUAAUUUCGUCUUGCGAGGCACCACUGUAAAAAGAAUACAGCAAAAAAAAUUAGAAGGGGAAAGAGAAAUCCAUUAGCUUUGAAGGUUGCAAAAGAUUUGGUGUUCGUUGUUUCUUUAUUGUGUGUUCAUUUGUCUUUCAUAUUGCUGUAGAAUAGAUAUGUUAAUUUGUCUGUCACCUAAUAGUUAUUUUUAAUGCAUAUUUUAGCAGAUUCACGUUAAAUAACUACAUACAGAUGUCUGAAAAUGUUUUGUGUGUUUAAUGUACUUUGGCAAAUACAAACCUUCACAGUCACUAGGAGAAAGAUGAAUGAAUGAGCUACAGGCAUACAGCGUCCCUUUCCUGUUUUUGUGAUUUGCAGCAGUAUUGUUGAAUGUGCCCGGACUGGCCCAGGGAGAGAAUAGGAUGAAGGCUGUGUUGGGGUCCAUGCUGCCCCCCCUCCCGCCUUCUCAUUGUAUCUUAAGGGUUCAUUCCAUGGUGGCUGCAGUGCUAAGAGUAAUGUAAGUUGUACAGCUGAAGCUGUUUUGGUUUACUUGUGCCUUUUAGACCCUGCUUUUUUUUACUCUGAAGUGACCAAGUGAAUCCAUAUCAUUCCAGUACCAUGGCUACUAACUACAGAGUGUACAGAUCUAUCUUAGUUUUUUUUUUAAAAAAAGUCUAAAUGCACCUUGGUUCUGUCUGAAUUGAAUGUGAUACAAAUGUGCCUCCAGUUGGGGGAAUUGCAGGGUUCGUGUGGUGCCACAUACAGAGAUGCUAAAGCCCUUUGUGCUACAGUUUUGGGUCUUACGUGACUGAAACGUGUCACUUGGCACAGAACUGUGCACAGUUACUAAUUUUUGAAUUGUGUAUAAUUUCCGUCCUGCCCCUGAAAUUUUGUUUAAUAUACAGUCAUACCUUAGUUUUUGAACAGUUUAGUUCUCGAAAGUUUAGGCUCCAAACGCCACAAACCUGGAAGUGAGUGUUCCGGUUUGUGAACUAUUUUUGGAAGCCGAACGUCUGACAGAAGCUUCCUGCAGCCAAUCAGAAGCAGCACUUAGGUUUCCAAACGUUUUGGAAGUUGAACGGACUUCUGGAACAGAUUCCGUUUGACUCCCGAGGUAUGACUGUAUGUGUACGUCACAUGUCUAAUACUGCUCAAGGCAACGUACAGAACGAUGCCAAGGAUGUUAAAAUAUUAUGUGUGCAGAGUCUCCUUAAUGAUUUAAUAGUGUUCCUUUUUUAAAUCCAACUCUCAGACAGGAAGGAUACACAAAAUCCCUAUGGUAAAAGUAUUGAAACAUGUAACUCGGCAUGUUUCCAUAGGAACCAAUCUCAUUAUAUGAUUGGAUCUCAAGAUUCUCCAGGUGUGAAGCUAUAGGUUUCCUGCAAUGGAUUUGAUGUAGAUUAUACUCCUUGGAUUUUAAUCUAAAAAUACCAAGGCUCCAGUUUUUCAAUAAACAUUUUGCUAAAAUGGAAGCUGAAAGAAACAUCACAUACUCCUUGCUUUUGACUUAGACAUUGCUAUGGGUAAAACGCUGUGAACUUGCAUUAGGAACAUAAGAAGCUGCCUCAUACUGAGUCUGACUGUUUGUUUGCCUAGCUCAGUAUUGUCUACACUGACUGGCAGCAGCCCUCUGGGAUUUUAGGCAGGAGUCUUUUCCUGUCUUACCUGGAGAUGCCGGGAUUGAAGCAGUGACCUUCUGCUUGCAAUUUCAGGGGACUCUACCACUGAGCUAUGGACCUCAGUAUUCAUUUUGCUGUGGUUUAAUCAUGGUUUUGUUUCCUAUACGUACAUUCCGGUGUUCUUUUUCAUAGAAUCUAUAAGCACUAGAAGUAACUGACAUAUCAUGUAGCUGAACCUCAUGCUUGCAAAAGUAUACUUGCUCUAUUUUAAUGUCAGGAAGUGGUGAAAUAAUGUAGUAAGUACCUGUAUAGGCUUUAGCAAUGGUAUGAUAGUGCUGGUAUGAUACUACUGUAAUAUUAUAUUGUAUUGUAUUAUUAUAUUAUAUUAUAUUAUAUUAUAUUAUAUUAUAUUAUAUUAUAUUAUAUUAUAUAUAGCAAGCAAGCUGCUGGCACUAGCUAAAACAUUAAUGCAAUCUCCUGCUGCUUCUGUUUUCUGAUUCUCUUCUGUUUGAGAUGAGUUUUUGUUUAUGGGACUAAAUGAGCAAUGCCAAAGACAGGUGAGAACCUAAGGCCACAUACCCACAGUACUUGCACAUUUUGAGUACUUGUAAGAUUUCCCCCCCUUUGCAUUGAUGACAGAAUAAUUUAAAAUGGGUGUGGUCCCAGUUUGUGAGAGUAGUAAGUCAGUUCCUUGGUUGACAACUCUUUCUGUAUUUAUUCUUCCUUGAAGUGGAAUUCUGUGCUUUUCAAAAGCUUGUCACCAGUAAAAGGCAGCCUAGUCUAUACAGUCAGCAAGGCUGGGGCAGUGUUUUUCAACCACAACUCUGGUGUGUUGUCUCUCAUCAGUUAUUCUCUUCUAUUCUCUCUGUUCAUAUUUUUGUAACGAAUAACUUCUACAUGCAUUUGAUCAUUUCCUCCUCCCUCCCAAUUCAUUUUCCUUUUGUGCCAUGCCUUUCCAGAUUGUAAGACUAGGGUCAGGCUCUGUGUUUUAUUCUUUUUCGCGACCUGUAUGGCCACUCUGGGAGUUCUCCAGCUGAGGAGUGGAAUAAAAAUUAUUUAAAUAAUAAAAAUAGCAUGAUUUCUAGCCAGCCGGAAUUAAAUAAAUCUUUUCAUUUGUGAUAGAUGGUGCAUGUAUUUAUAUUCAUGCAAUAACCGAGUUCAAGAAUAAUUUUGAAACACGUUUUAUUUAUAUUCUUCUAGCUUUAAAUCUUCAGCACCUCACCAGCAACAGAUAAGACCGAAUAAUGCUUGGUAAAGGAGAUUUUAAGAAUGUGUUUGGCUGUUUACAUGUUUCAAACAGUUUUUAAAUUAAAGUUUUCCAUAUUUGCACAAUUGUGUUGCCAUGUCUCUUUUUCUGCGCCUUUGGAUGCAGCAGCUACUUUGUGCUGUGUCUCACUGCAUCGUAGCCAUUUUAUGUUUGAUAUCCAGAAUACGUUCUCAUAAAUGUGCCCAUAUGCCUGAGAAGGUCAGCAACCAUUAAAUUACAGCAAUACACUCUAUAUGCACCUUUCCUUUAAGUUGGCUGGAAGCUGCAGCUGGUGCAGAAUGCAGCAGCGAAGUUGUUCAAGGAGGAGUCCUUUCAACAACAUGUAACACCACUGCUGAGAAAACAGCACUGACUUGUCAAUAAGCUAGUUGGCCAAGUUUAAGGUCUUUCUCUUAGCAAAUAAAGCCCCAAGCAAAUUGGGAUCGCCAGGAUUUAUAUGCCUCUGUCUGGUCACUUGGAUCUUUGAAAUAAAUGCUCUUAAGUAGUGCUGCAUGCUCUUAAGUCCACACAAAAAUGGCUUUUAGUGUUGUGUCGCCUGCUGUUUGAAAUUUGCUCCCAGCGAAUAGUAGUCAGGUGCCUACAGUAUUAGCGUUUAGGUAAAGGUAAAGGGACCCCUGACCAUUAGGUCCAGUCGUAACCGACUCUGGGGUUGCAGUGCUCAUCUCGCUUUAUUGACCGAGGGAGCCGGCGUACAGCUUCCGGGUCAUGUGGCCAGCAUGACUAAGCCGCUUCUGGCGAACCAGAGCAGCGCACGGAAACGCCACUUACCUUCCCGCCAGAGCGGUACCUAGUUAUCUACUUGCACUUUGACGUGCUUUCGAACUGCUAGGUUGGCAGGAGCAGGGACUGAGCAACAGGAGCUCACCCCGACACAGGGAUUCGAACCGCCGACCUUCUGAUUGGCAAGUCCCUAGGCUCUGUGGUUUAACCCACAGGGCGUUUAGGUGCCUACUUAAAACAUAUUUGUUUGCCCAUGCUUUCCCUAAGAGGUGAUCCAGUUAAAUUGAGUUAUUCUUCUGAUUUAUUGAGUUCUUGAUGUAAACUUAUUAAUCAUUUUAUAUUUUUCACUGCCCAUAUUGGUUUCUUUUAAUGUUUGGUGAGAUAGAAAUAAUUCUAUAUGGAAAUAAUCAAAAUAUUUAUUUGAAUACUUGCACAGAGACAUUAUAGGAAGUACCUUCUUCAAAGAAUUCCCUAUGAAUAUUUUUUGUUUCAUUGUUUUAAGAUAAAGCUAUUGGUUUACUAGAUGGUUAAGGUGUUCUGAUAGGUGUUGCCUUACACAUUUAAAGACAAGCCUGCAAUACCACAUUGGUGGCAAUGUUUCAGAACUGAUUUUUCCCCCCAUCAAAUCCCUUUAGUCUUAUAGUUUUUCAUCCCCAUACUAUAACUAUUGUGUUUUUAUCCCAUGGGGUUAUAUCUCUGUGGCAAAACCACUAUAUGAAAUUAUAAAGAGGGUUUUGAUCUUGAACAGUGGGCAACCCUAAUUCACUUAUUCUGUAUUAAAUCCUUGCACUGGUUGAACAGGUUGGUUGGAUACCACCCUUAGUCCGUACUGGGGCAGAAAGUUUGCUAAACUGGUCCCAGCUUGUUUAGGGCCUAAUAUGUCAGCAGCAAAUCUUUGAACUUGGCUCGGAAGCUAUUAGGCAGUCAGUAUGGAUCUUAAUGCGGGACGCGGGAGGCGCUGUGGGUUAAACCACAGAGCCUAGGACUUGCCGAUCCAAAGGUCGGCGGUUCAAAUCCCCGCGACGGGGUGAGCUCCCGUUGCUCAGUCCCUGCUCCUGCCAACCUAGCAGUUUGAAAGCAUGUCAAAGUGCAAGUAGAUAAAUAGGUACCGCUCCGGCGGGAAGGUAAACGGCGUUUCCGUGCACUGCUCUGGUUUGCCAGAAGCGGCUUAGUCAUGCUGGCCACAUGACCCAGAAGCUUUACGCCGGCUCCCUUGGCCAAUAAAGUGAGAUGAGCGCCACAACUCCAGAGUCCAGACUGGACCGAAUGGUCAAGGGUCCCUUUACCUUUACCUUUUAUGGAUCUUAAUAUGAUUUUGGAACUAUGGUUAACACAGUAACCUCGGUUAGCAUGAGCCAUGGUUAAGGCAAGGUAUCUAUGCUGGCAUGAGGGCAGUUUGUGACAAAGCUACUAGCCUUGGUCAACUAUGGUUAAGACUCAGGCCAUAUUAUUUAUGGGUUAAGUUGAGAAAUGCUAUGAAAAAAUCAUUAAAUUAAUGGUUUUCCUUUAUUUUCAUUAUGUUUUGGUUUACUGAGUGGGGUGGGCUAUAAAUCUGAGGGUGUAUCCCAGGUUGUCUACACCAGUCCUAAGAUGAUCCAGAGGUGGGUGGAGAAAACUAGUUUUCACCAGGAUUCUCUCUCUAUACAGUGGUACCUCUGGAUACGAACGGGAUCCGUUCCGGAGCCCCGUUCGCAUCCUGAAGCAAACGCAACCCGUGUCUGCGCAUGUGCGGGUCGCGAUUCGCUGCUUCUGCGCAUGCGCGUGAUGUCAUGUUGACCAUCUGCUCGAGCAGCGAAACCUGGAAGUAACGCGUUCCGUUACUUCCGGGUCGCCGCGGAGUGCAACCCGAAAGCGCUCAACCUGAAGCAACUUCAACCCCCGAGGUAUGACUGUAUUCACUUCAAGACCCUAAGUAAGCUGUUCAAUUUUUAAAGUGGUCAAACUUUUACGAGUGUGAAUGAUUGGCUGCUGAGACUGGCUGUUAACUCUGAAAUUGUCUUCCAAACAACAAAUUUAGAGAAAAUGUCACCAUUCUACAAGUAUACACAGAAGUUCUAAACUUCCAUCAGCACAAAAGAGAGAAGGUAGAUGUUGCGAGUGGCUAAACCUCCUCUCACUUCUUUUCCUUUCCGCAACAUGCUAUCCCAAGAGUUUCUGUUGCUUUUGCUAAUUAUACAAUAGAAAUACUUCCUUGGAAAUCCCACUCUGAAAGAAGUGAACAUCCAAGUUUAAAAGCUCAACUAAGAUUUGUAUUUGUCUAAAAUUGCUCUCGAGUGAUCGCUGUAAAAUGGAGAAAUAAUUUGAGUUCUUUAACAGCACCAUCAACUUAAAUGUGAUUUCCAUUUUAAAAAAUUGAUCUGUGCUCGGACAGUAGACCUAUGUCUCAGCAACGCACCAACUAUAAUGUGUGCAGACUGUCCAAGCAGGAAAUACUCAAAAUUUGAAGGUAUCGUAUGCUUGAGAAUUGCCAUGGGCAGUCUUGAAACUUCAGAGGCGAUCCGUUUUGAAAAUGUAGCCUAUUUCUUGAAAAACCUUGAUUUUGUGUCUGCGUGCCUGUGCUUGACACUUAAUUGCUAAAUGGCAAAUGAUUAUUUUAUUUGAUUACCAGUGCUUAUUUUUAAUAGCUGAGUGGCAUCGCUGAACUUUAUUGAAAUGCAGACCGUGCUAAUGUCUAUUCUUGGAAGGCGAUCGCCUUGCUCUUUCAUAGAUGCAACUUCCUUAAGAUUGUUUGUUUGUUUCCAGGUGAAAGAAAUUGAGGAGUCUAUAGAAGAGAUGUUAAUAAGACUGGAUGAGUUCUGUGGCAUGACUGAUCUGGUAUGUACUUAGCUCCACCUCUGUAGACCUUGAACACUGUAACUGUUGUCUCUGUUUGGCUCCUGUGGAGGCCAUCUUGUGAGUGUUUCAGAAGCCAUGCAGGCAGCUCAGGCAAGGCAGCAGGCAGCUGUGGUGACGGGAGGGAGGGAACACGCUCUCUCUCUCUCCCUCUCUUCCCGAGGCAGCCAUCUUGAUUACAACCUUCCCUGAAAUGGUUUUUUAUUACAGCGAUGGUUUAGCCACAAGGUGGCACUCUGGCGCACUAAUAUUUAAGGGCCUAGACUAGUGCUCUCCGCUUGUAAAUUUAAUGUGCUCCUUACAACACACACACGCACAUCGAGGAACCUAGAUCAUCCCCAUGCCUUUCUGGCUUUUGUUGUUAAAGCACUCUGACAGGUUCAUCUCCACACACACACACACACCCAUUCUGUAUGUUCCCUCUUCUAGAUUUCCAGAGAGGUUAAAGUCUGGUGGCAUUCAGUACAACAGGUACCCAAAGGUCAUUUUGGGAAAAGUUGCUUGUUAGCACUGCUGCCCUUAUUAUUUGGUGGGGUCGCAAAGCGCAUUUCUCAGGAGGUUCCAUGCUGACCUGUCACGAUGAUUGGCGUCCCCCCAGUUGAUGGUUUAAGACUUGGGGUGGGGUGGCUGAAUAAUAGCUUUGAUAAUAAUGCAGUCAUCUGGUUGCCACAAGGUGCAAACUCAUUUGAGACAACAAAAUAGUGAUAAGCUGCAAUUGAUAAGAAUGCUAUCAGCAUCUUUCCUCACCACUGCUGUAUAUGCAGUGCGGUUGGAAAUGCUUAGGAGAAGUGGAAUUGCUGUAUGUUGUCACAGCAGCCCAACUUGGCCCCUUUUUUAGUAGGAAUUAGUUAGGAAAGUGCAAAUGAAGAAAUGUCUCAAACCCACCCAAAGCAGAAAUGCUGCAGCAGAUCUUCCCAAGAAAGACAUCAAAUAUGUUUGUAACAUAAUUAGUACAGUGGUACCUCCGGUUACAAACACUUUGGGUUACAGACUCCGCUAACCUGGAAGUAGUACCUUGGGUUAAGAACUUUACCUCAGGAUGAGAACAGAAAUCGCGUGGCGACCUGGCAGCAGCGGGAGGCCUCAUUAGCUAAAGUGGUACCUCAGGUUAAGAACGGACUUCCAGAAUGAAUUAAGUAUGUAACCAGAGGUACCACUGUAUGCUGAAACAGUAAGUUAGCUUUCUGUUUAACUAUUGAUACAGUGGUACCUCGGGUUACACACACUUCAGGUUACAUACGCUUCAGGUUACAGACUCCGCUAACCCAGAAAUAGUGCUUCAGGUUAAGAACUUUGCUUCAGGAUGAGAACAGAAAUUGCGCGGCAGUGGGAGGCCCCAUUAGCUAAAGUGGUGCUUCAGGUUAGGAACAGUUUCAGGUUAAGAACGGACCUCCGGAACGAAUUAAGUACUUAACCCGAGGUACCACUGAAUCUGGCUUCUGCCACCUCUAAAUUCCCUGUGACAGCUGCAGCUCACAAAAUCCUUAUUUCCCACUUACCUGGAAGUAAGCCUCACUGAAUUGAAUGGAAGACACUUUUGAGUAAUCAUGGAUAGGGUUGUGAUACUAGUCUAAAUGUUUACAUAAGUUGGAAAACAGUUGUGUGAUUUGAAGAAUCAAAACAACUCUCCAUAGGUGAGUAAGUUAAAAUCCUACUUCUUUUUAAAUCUGAUUUUUGGUUUCCAGUGCAGUUUUGCCAUUGUUUUCAACACUAUCACAUGCAGACAGCAUUUUUCCACUGCCAUCAUUUCAAAAUUUUGCUUAACAGUAACAAGCAAAACUGUGGGUAAAAACUGUGGUAACUGUGGGUAAAAGCCUCAGCGCCUAGGGCUUGCCGAUUGAAAGGUCGGCGGUUCGAAUCCCCGCGGCGGGGUGCGCUCCCGUUGCUCGGUCCCAGCGCCUGCCAACCUAGCAGUUUGAAAGCACCCCUGGGUGCAAGUAGAUAAAUAGGGACCGCUUACUGGCGGGAAGGUAGACGGCAUUUCCGUGUGCUACGCUGGCUCGCUAGAUGCGGCUUUGUCACGCUGGCCACGUGACCCGGAAGUGUCUCCGGACAGCGCUGGCCCCCGGCCUCUUUAGUAAGAUGGGCGCACAACCCUAGAGUCUGGCAAGACUGGCCCGUACGGGCAGGGGUACCUUUACCUUUACCUUAACAAGCAAAAACAGUAGAAGGCAACACUGACUAUUGCAGCAGGAGAAAAUUACAGUGGAGGUUAAAAGCCUGGGAAUCUAAACAACAUCUGCAUUCUUGCCAGGCAAACCUCCAUAGGGAGAGGGCUCUGCAAGCAACUUGUCACAACUAAAAGGGCCCUCUCCCAUUUGCUUCAAAUGGUGGCGGCAGCACCCAGAGGAAGGCCUUUGGGGAAGAUUUUAGUGUACAGGCUGGUUGAUGUAGGUGAAAGCAUUAUCCAUGUCCCAAGCCAUGUAGGGCUGCCUUUAAAGGUACGUACCAGUGCUUGGAAUUGCGCAAACCACUAUUUUUGGGACUUUAAAGUUAUGUUGCUCAUAACAGCUGGAACAGGGGCAAUGUUGCUUACUCCCCCGUUACUGAUUUAAUAUUUCAAUGAAUGCUGAAAAUUGAUUCAACUCUGCAAGUGGCCAAAGGUUUAUUCUGAUCAAUCUUAUUAUAGUGCUUUAGGUUUCAAGCUUGGAACUGUUCAAACAAAAUGGUUAAAGUUUGUGGCUCUGUAAUAUUUUUGCAAGUUUCAGGGCCACUGAAGGAAUAGCCACUUCUUUUUUCAUUUUCCCUAUAGGGAAAGUUUAAUUGAAACUUUUGCCUGUACUGAGUUUUGAGGUACACUUCAUUUUAUUGGCAUUUCAGCUAUUUAAAACUUUCAAAAAUCACUUAAGUUGGUUCAAUAAACUGAGUGCUCCCUCGAGACACCCCCCCCAAAUCCCUUUCUUCAAUGGGGGUGUUUGCUUGCUUCAUCUUUGCUCUACCCAUGAAAACAUUUUUAGAGAAUCUGAAGUAUGAAUAAUUAGGCUGUAUACAAAUUAUUGACCUGAUCUGGCAGCAUCAAAGCAUUAUGCUUAGUCUGCUGAAUUUGUGCUUGGCAGUGCUAAAUACCUGUAGUGGCAGCUUCCUUUCAGCAGUGUAUGAAAUAGUAUCCAAUAAAAUUUCAUGUCAUCUUUCAGAUUCAUUCCAAUUUUUGCACAUAAAAACAAACCAAGGAAUUUAUAGUCUUCUGUUUGUUGUCAUGAAGAAAUGGAUGCAUCGUUUUAAUUAGUGAGUCAAUAAAACAUUCUACAUUAAUUUGUUUCACUGCUUUCGGUAUCCUGCUUCUCUGGGUAUGUUUAGUUGUUACAGUUAUUGGGCUCAAUGAUUCUUUAUAUAUUUGCAUAAAUUUGUUGGUUCCUAUGAUUUAUGAGAAUCCUAACUUCAAACAAUCUUUGGGCAAAGAUGUGGCUGAACUGAGAGCGCUGUUUAUAUAAAUAUAUAAAAUGAGAUCCAUCACAUUAGACAUGUAUGACAUCAGAUUUUCUUUACACGGCCAUACAUUUUUAUCAAAUUCAUGUAUCUGUAGAUGUGAGAGCCUUGAUCAGCAGGGUGUGUGAAACAGAACUAAUCAGCAAAGUCUCAUGUUUUGAGGGUUUUAAAAAACAGCCUACUGAUGUAAUGAUUUCUAGCCCAGGGAAGCUAGAUUUGCUGAACGUAGUAAACCUGGUGAGACUUAUUUCAUUUAAUCUACGAAGCAGAAGGAUUUAGAUAUAGAAUGGCACACUAGAUUGUUUUAUACCUAAGCCCAUCUGGUCAUCCAUCAGUCAUGUUUUGGGAUCUCUACAUCUUCGCUUUCGUUUUUUUUGGUUCCCUCCUGAUGGUUCGGCAUAGGGUUCGCCAACUGGGAUCUGUAGACCAAAACGUCAGGAGGCCGCUGGAUCUGUGAAGGCUCUUUUAGUGUUACAUGUGAGCCAGUCUUGUGUUUUUGAAGUUGACUUGUUUCCACCAACCGUAAUUAAGACUACAGUAGUACCUCUGGUUACGAACUUAAUUCGUUCAGGAGGUCCGUUCUUAAACUAAAACCGUUCUUAACAUGAGGCGCUGCUGCUGCAUCUCUGGCACACGACUUCCGCUCGCAUCCCGGGGCAAAGUUCGCAACUAGGGACAUCUACUUCCGGGUUAGCGGAGCUCGUUACCCGAAGCAUUUGUAAGGAGGACGGUACGUAACCCGAGGUUCCACUGUACUACAGUUUGCCUGAGUGUGAAUGUCACAGCAAACUGGUUGGUCUAAAACAGAAGUGAAAAUGUCCAGAGUAACUGUUGCAGCCAUGCUGGCUGGGAAGGGCAGUGUGUGCAAGCUUGAGGCUCACUGCGAGAAAUAUGUAGACACAAAAGAGGAAAGGGAAAAUAGAACCGUCAUUCUGUCUCAACACAGGCAGACACAUGCACCAGCACACACAAAGACUUUACUGCCUUCUCUCAUCCUGUGUCAGAUCAGUGGGACAAAAAUAAUGUGGGCAAGAAGAAACAAAAAUAUGUUUUUCUAAAAGUAUUUUGAAGUGACAGAUCACCUCCUUUUUAUAAAAAAAAUCAAAGGCAUUCUCCCUCAUGUAGUAGUGGCAACUUCUUCAUACUGGUUGUUUCCCUGAUAAACACAGAACCCUCUGCUCUCUUCUCACCCACCCACCCAAUACCAAUUGGGAUAGUUAGGAGGACCUACCUUGCUCAGUUUGUUUUGGUUACUCCCAGGGAAAAGGGAUUAUGUUAUUUUUCAAGAACCUGCCAUGGGGGAAGGGAGGAGAGGAGAGAAGAAAAGAUCCCAUCAGAGUUCACAACACUCUCUCUUUAUCUAAGAGGGGAGGAUGGAAUGGAAUUUCUUUUUUAGCAAAGGGGGUGCAAGGUGAGGAGUAAAUAAGGGCUUGCUGCAUAUUUCUAUGUUGGUUUCUUUGUUGGUAUGGUUCUUAAUUCAACCUGCUAAUCUCUGGCAAAAAGGUGUUCUAUUUCUUGAGGAACAGAUUUCUGCAUUGCAGGGCGUUGUACUAGAUGAUCCUCGUGGUUCCUUCCAACAGUAUAAUUCUAUCAUUCUUUGAUUCUUAUAUAUUUCUACAUCUGGAGGAAGAUGCCUGUUUUGACCUUAUAGGGCUUACCUGUAGUGUUCUUCUGUAGAUUAAUAUCUCCUUGUUUUGUCUACAUUUCAAACUUCAUUUCUUUUCAAUGUACUUACGUUGGCUUUGCAAAAGGCCUUUUGAGGUUGCUUCUUUCAACAUUAACAAGCAACCUUCGCUUGCUUAUCUUUGGUAAAUUAAGGGUCAGUUUCUAACCUCUGCUCCGUUUCCUUGUCCUUGAACCAAUGAUUUUUAAAUAUUUCCAGAGAGUUAGCCAUGCUUGUUUGCUGCUGCAAAAACAACAGAGUUCUGAAGCACCUCAAAUACUAACAUUUUUAUUAUAGCAUAAGAUUUCAUGGAUUAGAGUUUAUGCCGGGGUCAGCAAACUUUUUCAGCAGGGGGCCAGUCCGCUGUCCCUCAGAACUUGUGGGGGGCUGGACUAUAUAUUUUUUUGGCGGCGGGGGAGGGGGGAAUGAGCUAAUUCCUAUGCCCCACAAAUAACCCAGAGAUGCAUUUUAAAUAAAAGCACACAUUCUACUCAUGUAAAAACACCAGCCAGGCCCCACAAAUAACCCAGAGAUGCAUUUUAAAUAAAAGGGCACAGUCUACUCAUGUAAAAACACGCUGAUUCCUGGACUGUCUGUGGGCCGGAUUUAGAAGGUGAUUGGGCCGGAUCCGGCCCCUGGGCCUUAGUUUGCCUAUCCAUGGUUUAUGCCAUCAUAACUUUGUUUAGUCCGUGAAGUGCUCUGUUGCUUUUGUAAAUGUUUGGACAACAAAGACCUGGUUCAAAGGGAUGUCAAAUGGUGAUGAUACCACCUUUGUCUGCUUCAUCUUUUGUUGGUGUAAAGCAGGGUGGGAAAUGGGAGGCCCUCCAGAUGUUGCAUAACUACAACGCCCACUGUCCCUGACCAUUGGCCAUGCUAGGUGGAAUGGAUGGUAGCUGGAGUCUGACAACAUCUGUAGCGCUUCAGGUUCCGCAGUGCUAUAGUAAAGAAUAUGUUAUCUUAACAUUAUUCAGAGUCUUCACUGGAUAGCUUUGAAGGCAACUAAUUGUCAGUUAGAGAAUGCCCAAUGGUCACUUGAUACGCAUGGCAUUCAUUCUCCUACAAGGGUGAACGGAAAGCCAAAUAGCUAUAUUGUUGUUUGAAAACAUGUGUUUUUUUGUUGCAAAUGCAUGUGCCCAGAUUCAAAAGCAAAGGUAGGGAAACAGUGGUCCUCUCAACGUUGUUGUACUCCCAUCAGGUAACAGGAGAUGUAGUGCAGCAACAUCUGGAAAAUAUUUUCGUGGUUCUCAAUUCAUAAUGGAGCACUUGAUACUGUAGCAUCAUUGAGGAUAUGUAGGUGUGGACUGAACGGGAGUCCAUCAGGAGAUUUAUACGUAUAAGCUAACUUUCUUAAGGAAAGUGCACAGUACUGAUAUAAUAAAUAAAACACAGUAACAGUACUUCAGUUUCUAAAUAGUGAGUGAAAUAUGUCUGGUAUUUAUUGUUAGUGCUUUCUGAUACAGAUUUUUUUCCCUUUGUCUAUACAGAUUAGAAGCAAUACAUCCCAACUCUUGGACGAGGCAAUUCCAUUAAUUAAAGCCAAGGUGAUAGAAAUGAACAGCAUCUAUACCAAAGUGGAUAAGCUAGAGGUUUGUUAUCACAUCAAGUAAUUGUCCCGAAGAUUAUGCAUGUGAAAGUUCUUUUCUGCGUUUGUGUUGAAGAUUUAAAAGUGAGCCUAGAAAUCUGGUGCACAUGCCUAGAAACAUGAAAACAUUAUUCAGCUCUCUGCAGGACUGACACGAUGAAGCUUUUAAUUCUUGUUGCAUGUUUUUUGAACGCUGUGAAGAGGUCAGUGAAGCAUCAAACUAAAGCCUAGAACAUGCAGAGUUGCAGUAAUAUAAUGCUUUUGUCAGCCUCCCUCCCCCAAAAAACAAACAAACCAGGUAAUAAAAACUCAGGUAAAUACAAUCUGCAGUCUUUGAAAUCUUCAUAGCUAUUGGCUACAAGAACUCUGGGUUCAGUAGAUUGAAAUGAGACCUCUUAGGCCAUUGAUUCAUCCAUGGGACAUUUAUAAAUAUUCUAACUACUCAGAAGUGUUAGAAUUUACAUACGGGGCCCAAGGGCACUUUGAGGAGCGUACAGUUCAUUUGUGCUACCUGAUGCCUUCUCUGCUGAACCAAUCCUGAAGUCAACUGAUAGACUGAAAAUGUGAAUGUUCUAUGUAUGUGAUACAGUGGUACCUCGGGUUACAUACACUUCAGGUUACAGACUCCACUAACCCAGAAAUAGUACCUUGGGUUAAGAACUUUGCUUCAGGAUGGGGACAGUAAUCGUGCUCCGGCGGUGCGACAGCAGCAGGAGGCCCCAUUAGCUAAAGUGGUGCUUCAGGUUAAGAACAGUUUCAGGUUAAGAACGGACCUCCAGAACGAAUUAAGUACUUAACCCGAGGUACCACUGUAGUCGCGUGUGAAUGGUUUUGUUGAGAGAUGGGAAUGUGUGCUUAUAUGUAUUAUGAGGAUUGUGUGUGUGAAUAUAAAUGAAUACAGAUAAGGUAUUGCAUACACACAAACAUUCAUACAUCUUCUUUUACUCUAUUAGGUAGCAAAUCUGCCUGCUUCUCUCUUCCACAGUGCAUGUGUGUUGUUUAUGCCGGGUGUUUAUAUGAGGGAAGGUUGUGUGACUUAACAGAAUUAUGUUCUCUUUUUAACAAGCCACAUUCUUGUAAUGGCUGUGAGGAAGUCUGCUUCUGCAGCAAAACAUGUCACUAUACAUAUGGCAUUGUUUAAUAUCACUUUCAGUGACUCACAAGUCUUUGUGUUAUCAGGACUGUAAAUUCUUAAAUUUCAAACCCAACCUCUGUGUGCACUGAUGGAAAUUCUUCCUAGCACAAUUGCGUUUGGAAAGUUAACAUUAUUGAUGUGUAUGAUAGUUGAAGGAACCUAUUUGUAUUUCUUAUUAUAUUCUAUUAGAUUUGCAUAGUUAAUUAAAGCAUUUGAAAGUGCCCAUGCAAAAGUCUACAUCUGUAAGCAAUCCACUCAUAGGUGGCAAGUGUAGUCAGAUCUUCAGUCCUUUUAAUAAAUGGAUCUGCACAUUUAUCUUUCUAGUGCAGCAAUACCAGUCUUUUGGCCAUAGUAAGGGCACAGGGAAUUCAUUGAUGAAUUCAUUAAUUGCUCAGCCCGGACACUGAGGUCCUCUUCCAAGGGUCUUCUGCUGGUUCCCUCACUGUGAGAAGCGAAGUUACUUGGAGCCAGACAGAGGGCCUUCUUGGUAGUGGCACCCUCACUGUGAAAUGUCCUCCCAUUUGAUGUCAAGGAGAAUCAGGAGGUUUUUAAUGCUUGAUGUUUUUAUGAUGCUUUUAGAUAUGCUUUAAGGUAUUAUUAUUAAUAUUAAUGUCCAGUUGUCAAAUUCCAUAUAGUAGGUAUGUAGUUCAAAAGAAUAUUAUCCUCUGAACAUUUUAGCUUUUUUCAUACACUCCUGUUUACAUAAUCCACUACUUUCUCCCAAAACCUAGUAAGUAUAGGACAUUGUAAAAACAUGUAUUUCAAAGAAGCACUAUCCUUAUUACAUCUCCAAGAAAAUGCUGUUUUCGACAAUCCUUUUCUGUACAGAUGUAGUGGAGGCCAAUAAAUUCUAAGUAUUAUUUUCUGUUGUAUACAUAGUAAUUUUGCUUGGACUAGGAGGAGAAUUGGUACAGCCCUCUUCAUUUCACAUGUCGUGCAUUGAUUUAGCAUGACCGUUGCUCACAAAAAACUACUCUGAGUUAUUGGAGGAAGCAGGGACCCUGGAGAGAUGUUCUUAAAGCUGGGAUAUAAAACUGGGGCAGCACUAAAACCAAGUUAAAAAAAGAGACUGUUUAGCUUUAUUUCUGUUUAGGGAAGCUUUUAAUGUUUAACAGACCAUUGUAUUUUAAUAUUUUGUUGGAAGCCGCCCAGAGUGGCUGGUGAAACCCAGCCAGAUGGGCGGGGUAUAAAUAAAUAAAUUUAUUAUUAUUAUUAUUAUUAUUAUUAUUAUUAUUAUUAUUAUUCUCUUCCGGCAUGUCUAGGCAUUUGUGAAAAUGGCAGGACACCAUGUCUCUUUCCUAGAAGAACAAGUCCUCAAGGCAGAGAAGGCUCAUGCCAUCUUUCCCUACACUGUGCAGAAGCUGUUUGGCUCAGUAGCUACACCUUCAUUUAAAAAAGUAAGUGUCAAAGUUCUGUGAUGCGUUGGAGGAGGGGGGGAUGCCUGUUGAAAUAACCUCCUUACAGUUAUCCCAUUCAUCUGGUGUUACUCUUUCUUUAUAUUUAUUUAUUUAGAGCAUUUUACCCCAAUCUUCAGCCAAAAAAGGGCUCCCAGAGUGGUUUGCAUACAGUGGAAUAAAACAAUGAAAUUAUUAACUGCUAACAGGGUGUUGUGGAAUAUUGCUAUGUGCUUCUUUCUUCCCUGGAAUUGAUGCUUUUUGGCAGUGGGUGGAGAAGCACUUUUAGAGACAUGGAGCCCUGUUUAGAAUUGCAAUUUGUGGCCUCAAAUGCACCACCCACUUACAUUUUAAGUGCCAACAAAAUGAUUAUUCGGUCCAUCAUACCACUGCUAGAAUUCAAGUCCACAGCAGUUUGUGAACCUGAGACAUUGGGAUACAACCUCUAUUUCGACCACAAAAGGAUGGCUCAUAUCACUUACCCAAGUAAUCUUGAGUUAUGUACCUUACACACCUCCAUUUCUUAAUCACCAAUUAGUCUCUUUCCAUGCCACGUUGUGUGCAGGCAUCGCAAAGGCAACCCAAGAAACUAUUAUCUAUCUAUUUACAAUUUUUUAUCUCACCUUUCAUCUAAAGAAAGCCCUUAUGAAGAUAAAACCUAAUAGAAAUGAAACAAAAUUUAUAAAUUUUAAUAAAUUCAUUAGAUCAGAAGAGCAGUAAAAAAAAAGAGAACUCCUAAAAGUACGGGAGAAUAGGACAGACUACUCCCUGGCUCCCAAAAGAGAGCAAUGAAGGCAUGUAGCAAGCAUGUAGAGUUUCAUAAAAGGCCAUCUCUCUAAUAGUCAUCUCCCUAAUUUCUGAAGAGAAGGGUCCCCAGAAGCUGACAUAAUUUGUCAAAUCAGGUUCAUGUGGCAGAAGAUGGUCUUUACGUACUGUGGUUCAAGCUGUUUAGCACUAUAAAUAUUGCAACCAUUUCUUUUACAGUGGUGCCUCGCAAGACGAAAAGAAUCCGUUCUGCGAGUCUCUUCGUCUUGCGGGUUUUUUCGUCUUGCGAAGCAAGCCCAUUAGAGGUUUAGCGGCUUAGCGCUACAGUAUUAGCGGCUUAGCCGGCUUAAAGAUCAGCUGAUAAGCGGCUUAACGAUCAGCUGAUAAGCGGCUUAAAGAUCAGCUGAUAAGCGGCUUAACGAUCAGCUAAUAAGCGGCUUAGCAUCAGCUGUUAAGCGGCUUAAAGAUCAGCUGAUAAGCGGUUUAGCAGCUUGGGAAAAAGGGGGGGGGAGGAAAAAAACCCCGCAGGAACUCGCAAGACAUUUUCGUCUUGCGAAGCAAGCGCAUAGGAAAUUCGUUUUGCGAAGCACCUCCAAAACGGAAAACCCUUUCGUCUAGCGGGUUUUCCGUCUUGCGAGGCAUUCGUCUUGCGGGGCACCACUGUACUUGAGUUCAGAAACAACACAGAAGCCAUUGACAAAUCUUUAACCAGUGGAGUAACGUUUUCGUAGCAGCCAGUGCUGGUUAAAAGGUUGGCUGCCAAAUUUGUUGACAGUACAAACACUUUUCAGAGAUAGCCGCAUGUAUAAUUCAUUGCAGCAGUCUAUCCUGGAUUUUGUUAGAGCACAGUAAGCUGUUGCCAGGUCAUCUCUGUGGUGAGAUGACUUCAUAUUCAGGUUGUUUGCAGGUGAAUGUGGUUUUGUUCUGUUCCUUGCUAAUGACUCAUUUUGCCGUGCUCUUAAAAGCUCUGCCAUCUUCUUUAAACAGAAUAGAAUUGUGGACAGAUCUCUUAUAGUUUAAAAUAUAAUGUAUUUCCUACAAAUUGGACGCAGGUGGCGCUGUGGGUAAAACCUCAGCGCCUAGAGCUUGCCGAUCGCAUGGUCGGCGGUUCGAAUCCCCGCAGCGGGGUGAGCUCCCAUCUUUCGGUCCCAGCUCCUGCCCACCUAGCAGUUCGAAAGCACCCCUAAGUGCAAGUAGAUAAAUAGGUACCGCUUUAUAGCGGGAAGGUAAACGGCAUUUCCGUGUGCUGCGCUGGUGCUGGCUCGACAGCUGCGGCUUAGUCACGCUGGCCACGUGACCCGGAAGUGUCUCCGGACAGCGCUGGCCCCCGGCCUCUUAAGUGAGAUGGGCGCACAACCCUAGAGUCGGACACGACUGGCCCGUAUGGGCAGGGGUACCUUUACCUUUAUUUCCUACAAAUACAUUUGAAAGAGUUGUAGUAAGGUGAACUUUUUGAGGGUUAUUUUCACCUUGAACUUUAAAGCAAUAUGUCUGCUUUACAAUCCUGUUUAAUUUUCUGAAGUAUAUACACAAAAUAUCAAAUGUGGUGACAGUGAUAAUAAUACAACAAAACAACAACACCACAAACUGGCUUAUAAGUAUAAACCAAAUUUACUAGAAUAAUAGCCAGAAUAGAGAUAGACCUACAACCAUUCAAACAACAAACAUACUAAGGUGCCAUGUGCAAGAUAAAGCCUGGAGAUACUGUAAACAUGGAGUGGAUAAAUGUACAACUCUUAUCUUAACAAGUUACAUGUACAGUAAACGUUAUACAGACAGAAUAAAUGAACCGUUCAACAAGUAGCGCAAGUCCAAUCACAGAAUGGCAACCCCAUGCCACCACAACGGCAAGGGUAGCACACUGGGGAAUAUGAAAACGUUUUUCAGAGCUGUUUUUCAAAGAUUGAACUGGAUGAGAUGUUCUUCAAUGGGUCUUGAGUUGGAAACACAAAGCCGUGUACAUGGAUCAAUCACGGGAAGGCAAAUCUGGUCCUAAUUGCACAAAUGGUACUGCCUACAUAUAACAGCCCACAAGCACAGGAGUAUAAAUUAAUAUUUCAAUUAGGAACCUUAUAUCCAAAGGGUUUGAAUACUGAAUUCGAUCUAGGAUGCUAUGUAUAAGUUAAUAUGUAUACUGUUGUUUGGUUGUAACAGAAAAGUGAUGCUGCACCUUUAACCAUGUAAUCAUGUGAUGAUUGAUUCUAUACACCUGUAUUGUAUUUAACUGCUUGUUAUGAGUCUGAACACUAGCUGUGCCUAUGAAUACCUCCUUUAUCCUGAGCAAACCAUUUUGUAAGAUUGGGUAAGGUACAGUAUGAGACUGAUAUUUUCUAAUUUUUAUGGUUUACCACACAUUGUAAUUGGAGUGCUAUUUUGUACCAUGCAGCUUUUCGGACUGAUGUAGCAUGUAGCGAAACCUGUAAUAUAUCCAGAGAACAGGUCUCCUUUUGCCCACUUGCCUUAUUCUCACCAGGGUGGUGGCUUUGAUUUGCCUUCCCCUGAUUCAUCCAUGUAUACGGCUUGUGGCGGCACGGGGUUGCCGUUCCGUGAUUGGACUUAGGCUGCUUGUUGAACGGUUCAUUAAUUCAGUCUAUAAUGUUUAUUGUACACGUAACUUGUUAAGAUAAGAGUUGUACAUUUAUCCCCUCCAUGUUUACAGUAUCUCCAGGCUUUGUCUUGCACAUGACACCUUAGUAUGUUUGUUGUUUGAAUGGUUAUAAGUCUAUUCUAGCUAUUAUUCUAGUAAAUUUGGUUUAUACAGUACUUAUAAACUGUAAGUUUGAUGUAUCACAGUAUUUUAAUAUUUUUUUGGAAGCCGCCCAGAGUGGCUGGGGAAGCCCAGCCAGAUGGGUGGGGUAUAAAUAAAUUAUUAUUAUUAUUAUUAUUAUUAUUAGCCAGUUUGUGGUGGUGUUUUGUUGUAUAAUUUUCUGAAGUGCCAACACAGAGGUCAGUUAAUGCAAAAUCAUUGCUACUGCAGUGAUACUUAAAAUGGGCUUCUAGUUGAAGUUACGUUGCUCACGGCACAUUCAUACAGCUGCAUAACAUGUUUUCGGUACAGCACCCAACUCUGGAAAUGCAGAAAGAAUGCCAUUUUUGCAUACUAGGCUAAGAGUUUUGCUUACAUAGGGCUGCCAUGCAAAUGGAAAAUCUAUAUUAGCUAAAAUGUACUUUCAAGUUAAAAAACCUUCUGCAUUUCCCUCCACGUUAGCAACAUUCACACAGUAGUAGGAGAGAAUCUCAGAGUUUAUUGUCACACAUGAAAAGAACCUUUGAACUGGUUAGCAGAAAAUUUAGUAUUUUCAGGUUUCUCAUCACAUAGUUACUGAGUAUUUGAAGGCAGUCAACAGAAUGUUUUAAUUGUCUCAGUUGAAAACUAUUGUUUAGUUUGAUCUCAGCAGUGGUUGGUGGGACAUGCCUGACUUCUCAGUGCUGAGCAUUGCUGCGGCUUGCUGAGAGGGAUAGUAGUGGAGAUCAGCUCGAUGUAGGUGUGGUGGCAGGAGCAUCAGAUUGGAUGAUAACACCUGAUCAAUGAAUGAUGAACUUUUAUGUGUGAACUUGUGCAAAGUUACCACUGCAUGAACCUCACCACGUUGACUUACGGUGUCUGUGUGAAACCCUAGCCUUAGGUUUACUGUCACUUGUAGGAUUAGAAGCAAGUCCAACAUUUAAAGGUUGCAUUUUUAUUUUAUCCUUCCGCUAAAGAAUUCAAAGCAGUGUGCAAUAUUUUCUGCUUUUUCUGUCAACAGAGAUAGAUUAGGUUUCUUGUUCACAAUAUCAUACUAGCUAAACCACAUUAGAGACAGAAAAGGUCAUCUGGGCUGUAACAGCUAGGUCAGAAAUCCUAGUUCAGUUGACUUUGAAAGUUAGUUUUAAAACUUACCUAGCUGUUGCAUUGAAUUGCAACUGAAUGAGUAAAAUGUUUUGUUGAAGCCAUUGGAACAUUUAAGGAACUAGAUUUGAGGUUGACUUUGGAGCAUCCAUACAUGUACAUGCAAAACAGUGUAAGACAGCACAACAGUUUAAUCUUUCUGAUUGCUCACAAAAGAAAAAUAUUUAUCCCAGUCCACCAGAGCACUAGAUGCAAUAGUAUUUUGCAACUGGCUCCACCUAUGUUGGAAAUUAUUGCUUUUGAUUUGCUUUUGAAUUAUUGCUAAAUGCAUUUGACAUUUAGAGGACGAUCACUCCCCCAUAUAUGUAGGACAUUGUUCCUUUCUAUUUGUGCAAUGUUUCCGCCCUUUUCUCUUCAUUAUUUCACUAGCUAAUCUUUUCAGUGAGAGAUCAACCAUGCAGGUAUGUAAUCAAAAUUCUAAUAUGGCUUUUACACUAUUUUGGAAGCUUAUUCAACAGCUGAAUAUAAAUGUUAAUAAAGUAGACAAAGCACUCAAUGAUAAUUUUUGUUUGUAUUCUGCUAAGUUUUGGUUUUCACACAUACAAUAAUUUGCAGUCUCAUCUCCUUAAAGCCCAUCCUCUUAAUUCUCCCAGGUUAAAUGGAAUGUUAUCUCACCUCCCAUUUUACCCACACAACAUCCCUGGGAGGUAGGCAAGACAGAAAAAUAGUGACUGGUCUGAAGACUUAUGGCUAAGAGUGGAUCAGAACCAGAGCUGUCCUUUUUCCAGCCCAAAGGUUGCAUUCCCUCAUGAGUGGAGAGCCCCCUACAAGCCCCAAGAACCAGAUAGAAGGACCUAGAUGGCCUCAUUUGGCCCCUGGCCUUCAGGUUCCCAACCUGUCCUAUAUGGUUGGACACUCUAAUACUACAAUAUACUGCAGAUAUUUGGUAGCACUAUGGCCAUGUUAAGUUGUUCAUAUUUUGGAGCCCUGUCCAUAAUACGUAGAUGCUUGUUAUCCAUAUUUCAGUUAAGGAAGAACUGUCUGUCUGAACAAAAUCCCAUGUGUCAUCAGUUUGAAAAAUAUCUUUGUGUUUUGGGAGGAAGGGCUUCUUAAGGCAGCACAUGAAGGUUUUUGAAUUACACAAACAUUGUAUGCCAAAAAAACCCCAACCUUAGUUUGAAGUUGUGCUUAGGCUAAUAAUAAAAAAACCACCACUUGCUUACACGUGGUUGCAUGUACUCCCAGUUUUGCCUUAGCUGAUGUAAUUAGACUGGCCAUAAUUUUCUAGAUUAAAAAGUGGCAGCCCUGUAGCUGGUUAAUGCAGGUAUGCAUCACCUGAGCCCAUGCCCCUUUUGCUGUCUCACUGCUGCUGUCACUGCACAUAUGACACUCUCAAAGAUCUGGCUACUUGCCAACAGAAGCUUGUUGAUGUCUCUUAUCGGGUCACUGGAAAACUGUCAGAGAAGCUGCCUCUGGUGUGCAUGAAAAACAGGAGGCUAACAGAAGCAAUCUUGAGCAAUGCUGGAAACCUUCAGGAAAGAGAAGUAAGGGUUAGGGGUCCUUGUGUGCAAUCUAUAGAGGAGCUUUUAACAACUUCUGCUGUUGAAUACAUAAAAGAUAUUUCUGAGUCAUCUUGAUCAUGGCUGACUCUCACUGAAAGCUGUAACUGGCAUGCUACUUCAGGUAACAUUUUAGGGUUGGAAUACCUCAUAUUUGUGUGGCCCUGCUCCUAGCUACCUUCCAGACCCAUAUCUCAGUUCCCAUGAUUCCCCCCCCCAACUUCUGCCCUGUUGCAGUUGUUCCUGUUCCAAGGAGGAAUCCAGCAGUAAGUUGCAGUUUCCUAGGAUAGCAAAUGGGAGACCUAAGUUUCCUUCUCUUCCUCUUCUCAGUUAAACUACUCUGGAGAGGUGGCAACUGGAGGUGCGUGGCUGGGAACUACAGACAGGUAGCCUCCUCUCCUGUAAAUAUUCAGAUUUUUCACUCACUUGGUGUUUCAUAGGCUCUGGUGUUCACUGAAAGGAAAUAAUCAGAAAAUGGAAGACAACAGUUACUUGCUCAGCAGGAAGAGUGAAUCUGUGGCUCUCCCGAUGUUAUUGAACUAUAACAUCCAUCACCCUGACCACUGACCUUGCUGACUUGAGGCUGAUAGGUGUUGGAAUCCAGCAACAUCUUGAGGGCCCGAGGUUCCCACUGCAACUUACUGAGUAGUUGGGCAGCCAGGACUGGCAAAUUAUCAUCAUGUAUUCUACAUGCCCCUUUGAAGAAGGGUAAGACUAUCUUUCUUGUAAAAGUAGUAGUGACUUGGCCUUCCUUUAAAAAAGCAAACCAGUUCCUUAAAAAAUAUGAUCUAGCCAGUUAUAGGCCUGUGUCCAGUCUUUAAAAAAGUUGUUUGAGCCGUUAGUAGUAGAGCGACUUCAGAUGUGUUUGAAAAUAAUUGAGGAAAGAUGCACUAUUUAGUCUGGUAUCAGACCUCAUUUUGGGGCAGAGAAUACAUAGGCUGCCCUGGUGAAUUAUCUGCUCCUGGAUAUCUACAGGAGGAAUACUUUUCUGCUGAUCUUCCUGGACCUCUCAGCAGCUUUUCAACAGAGGACCAUGCUAUUCUAAAGGGCGAGUUGUCCUUUCUGGUCUGGGUGUUGGGGGCUGGUGUCUGGUAGUUUUAUUGUCCAGUUAAACUGGAUAUUUGGAGACACAGAUUCAUAGAAUCAUAGAGUUGGAAGAGACCACAAGGGCCAUCGAGUCCAACCCCCUGCCAAGCAGGAAACACCAUCAGAGCACUCCUGACAUAUGGUUGUCAAGCCUCUGCUUAAAGACCUCCAAAGAAGGAGACUCCACCACACUCCUUGGCAGCAAAUUCCACUGUCAAACAGCUCUUACUGUCAGGAAGUUCUUCCUAAUGUUUAGGUGGAAUCUUCUUUCUUGUAGUUUGGAUCCAUUGCUCCGUGUCCGCUUCUCUGGAGCAGCAGAAAACAACCUUUCUCCCUCCUCUAUGUGACAUCCUUUUAUAUAUUUAAACAUGGCUAUCAUAUCACCCCUUAACCUCCUCUUCUCCAGGCUAAACAUGCCCAGCUCCCUUAGCCGUUCCUCAUAAGGCAUCGUUUCCAGGCCUUUGACCAUUUUGGUUGCCCUCCUCUGGACACGUUCCAGUUUGUCAGUGUCCGUCUUGAACUGUGGUGCCCAGUGGAACUUGGUGCGUGGUGUUCCACAAGGUUUAGUUCUUUCACCAGUGCUUUUAAAUGUGUAAGUUAAACUCCUGGGAGAGAUGUUCCUGAGAUUUGCCGUUGGCUGUCAUCAAUAUGCUGAUUAGUCUCUAUUACAUAUCUGGAGCCUUUUCUGUCCUUCACCAGUGUGUUUUAAAGCUGGUCAGAAGGAUUAAGUAGAACAGACUGAAAUAAAAUCUAGACAAGUCAGAGAGGAUGCUUGUGGAAAUUAUUGUGCCCUGCGGGUGAGAGUAGAGCUUAAAUAAGCCAGAAAUUGAUGGACUGGUUGUUACCCAUUGGUGCAGGUCUGCAGCUUUGGGAUCAUCUACAUCAGAAAAUAGAAUGUAGACUUUUGUUCCAUAUGUGUUAGAACAGACGUGUGUUCAGUGCUUUACAUCAAGUUUCAUUUCUUCUUGAAGCCUUUUUGUAGUUUUCUGGAGUGAGGCUUUUUUCCCCUCCAUGUGUUACGGAAUAGCAGCUAGUUGCAGCUAAACUCUCUAUGUGUGCUGUAUUCUGGCCUUAAAGAGCCUUGAGGCAAUAUGCACAACUGCAUAUUGCAAUACUUUUCUAGCAUUCUUUCUCUGUUUAUGAAGAGCAGCACAUCAGCAUUGUAUACUGUUGUCUCUGCUCCCCCCCCCCCUACUUUUAGCAUUCUUCAGGAACUCUGGACCGGAAGUUGCCCUGGCUUCACUAAAUAUUGGAGAGAGAAUCCACUUGUAUUGGCUGAAGGGGGUGGUGCAGAAGUGUGCAUGUCUUGCUCCAGCGUUCACAUUUUUUAAAUGCUCAAAAACUUCAAUACAGAUUCAGCCAUCUGAUAUGCUGUUUAUCCAUCUGAUGUGCAAUGCAUGGACUUUGCUUUGUCUUUUUGGCAAGGGCAUUAUCCUGCAUAACUAAACACUUUAAAAAACCCACAGAUAGCUCUGUUGCUUUUGAGAUCACGCUGGCUGACAGAAGGACAUCAUUUUUACUCAGGAGAACUAGAGAGAACUGAUUAAAACUACAGCUACUAGACAGUUCUGAACCAAGAUCCUAUGAGACCACUGGCUGCCCAUCUCCAGAUGAUAAAAAUGCAUGUUUUCAGCUGCCAAAGACUGAACCAUAAUGAAAUCACUAGAAAGGAAUGUUACGAUCAGAUUUCAAAGAUCCUAUUUUGGUGCAAUACCAGCCGAGCUGCCUCUAGGGAUCGGGGAGAAACUGGAUUCAGUAUGCAUUUAAGAUUAAUUUACCUAAUUUGCAUUUACCAAAACACAGCCAUUCUUUGAAAUUUGCACUUCUAAUUUUGCAGCUUCUCCGAACCUUCUCUUGCCAAGUAAUGAGUACAAAAAUGCAUCUACAAAUUUCCAUAUUACUGAAAAUAACACAAAAAUGCAUUAUUUUAGGGGAAAUUGCUUUGCAAAAAUGCAUAUAUUGGGCAAAAUUGCAAGCAAAUGUAUAUAUCAGGAGAAAUUUGCACUAAAAUGUUGAUGAAUUUUUAUGAGGACUGUUAUUAAAAAUGCAGGGUGAUGCGGAAAUAUAGAGAAUUGAAUUUAAGAUUGAAAAAUUAACCAAAAAUGAUAGAUCCACCCACCCCUAGCUGCCACUAUGCUAUAAACCCCCAAAUAUAUUGCUACUUUUCUUUUCCAUUGGCCUAUUUGACCUAUUGUGGAAAGCAGAAGAAACUCUACUCAGUCUUGGAUUGGAUCACAUUUUUCUUUGGAAUAACUCACCAGAGUCAAAUUUGAGAACUUCUCCAUGUCAGUUUUGUGCUACAUCGGUACAACAUUGGCUUGUCCUUCUUCCCCAGUAUAAGGUAAUUUAGAUCUUCAAAUCCCUUAAAGGAAAGGAAAGAACUGAGGUGCACUUUGUGACCUAAUGUUCCAAUCCUCAUAACUUUUCUGUGGAUGGAGACUGUUAUGUGGGGAUGCACUGUACAUCAAGGCAGUCCAGUUUCUUUGGUGCUGAAUCUCUGCAAUAUGGUAUAAAACAAUGCAUGUGCUUUCUUUAUUUUGGACUCGCAGAUGUCCAUGGAGGCGCAGGUCAAUUCUGUGUCCAGGGCAGCUGUCUCCCAGCUCCAUCUGGUACUCAGGCUGAGACCCUACCUGCCCAUGGACUGUCUUGCCAGAGUGGUGCAUGCGCUGGUUAUCUCUCGCUAGGACUAUUGCAAUGCGCUCUACGUGGGGCUACCUUUGAAGGUGACUCGGAAACUACAACUAAUCCAGAAUGCGGCAGCUAGACUGGUGACUGGGAGUGGCCGCCAAGACCACAUAACACCGGUCCUGAAAGACCUACAUUGGCUCCCAGUACGUUUCCGGGUACAAUUCCAAGUGUUGGUGCUGACCUUUAAAGCCCUAAACUGCCUCGGCCCAGUAUACCUGAAGGAGCAUUUCCAACCUCAUCAUUCUGCCUGGACAUGUGAGAUCUAGCGCUGAGGGCCUUCUGGCGGUUCCCUCACUGCGAGAAGCAAAGUUACAGGGAACCAGGCAGAGGGCCUUCUCAGUAGUGGCGUCCUCCCUGUGGAAUGCCCUCCCAGCAGAUGUCAAAGAAAUAAACAACUAUUGGACUUUUAGAAGACAUCUGAUGGCAGCCCUAUUUGGGGAAGCUUUUAAGACGGGAUGAAUCAUUGUAUUUUAAUAUUCUGCUGGAAGCCGCCCAGAGUAGCUGGGGAAACCCAGCCAGAUGGGCGGGGUAUAAAUAUUAUUAUUAUUAUUAUUAUUAUUACUACAAGAAUGUACAUUUGUUUCCUAAGUAAAUGGUUCAAAGUUAAUAUUUUUUAAAAAUAAAUGGUGUCAAGAGCAUUGCAGCUAUUGACAGUAGUCCAUAUGAAUUUGAUAUCAGGUCAGUAUAAUAAAACAUCAUAUUUUAUGUGAAUAUUGUAACUUUAUCUUAGCAUUUAUUGUGCCUCCCAGUAGAUUUGGUAGAACACAACCCUGCAUUCAUGUUUCUACCUGGGAGAGUGCCUUAUGAAUUGCACUGUCAGGCUUGCCCCGUGCUGCAUCGAUAUCUAUGAGCUACAACAGGGAAGCAUAACUCGUUCCAGAGGAAAGUGGUUGGGAGUCUCCUGCCUUUUCCUGUGUCCCUUUGUAGCUGCUCCUUCUGCUGGGACUGCAGCAUGACGGUGUUUUCUGCAGCACUAUUGACUUAAGUGUCUGCAUAUGUUCCAGCCGUGCACAGGCAAAUUUACAAAGGAAGGGCAUUACAUUCUUGAUCUGGGCCUGGUUGUGAAAUCACAUAAAUUGGGGAGCACCCCACUUAAUAGGGAGGCCAUGCGGGAAGGGGGGUGGGUGGGGAGAGAGAGAGUGAGAGACUCAUCCUGGAAAUUGCUCAGGGCUGCUGCACAGCUUGCCCGCCUGCCUGAGGGCAGGCUGUGAGUGCAGCAGCUGGCCAGGAUCGUGCAGAGGCAGGGAGCGCCACUGAUCAGUCGAAGGCCACCUUCCCUUGCUCAAACAGCAGUCCCGAGUAAGGGAAGGGCAAUUUAUUUAUUUAUUUCACAGCGUCCCACAUAAACGUGGUUGUGUGUGAGUGGAAUUCACAUAGGGGGCAGAGCUGUAGUUAAAUGUCUGGCAUUUGGUUGCAUGUUCCUGUCACAUGAAUGGAUUUGUUGCUGAUACAGGAGAAGCUAAUGUUCUACUACUGUACUUUAACUAGAACAACAGUAGCAAGGAUUGUCGUGUUCUGGCACUGAUUGCCCUCGAUGAAAUAAAUCAGCGCAGAGCCAACUAUGUUUACAUUAUCAUUAAAGAUAUUCCCUGCUACUUAGCUUCCCCACCCCUCCCUCACCCCGUUUGUCUGCUAGUCAUCAUUUUAUGCUCUGAGGCUAGAUCUCUAAUUCCGUUUUUCUUUCUCAGUUCCAAAUUAUAUACGGAUCUCAAGUCAGUCCCACCACCGCUAUUUUGGUUUGUUUUAUAGCCGGGGGGGGGGGGGAGGAGAGGUUUCUGUCAAUUCAAGAGGGAUUUCAAAUUAUGUAUGGGGAAAGGUGGGCUUUUUCUUCCCAUCGUUUCUUCUAGAAUUUGGGGCCAUCCAGUGAAACAAGGAAAAAAAUGUAGUUUUUAAAAUGGCACGUAAGUAAACCAUGGCAUUCACUGUGCAAGUUACAGUGGUGACCACUAGCUUUGAUGGCUUUGAAAGGGGAUAAGACACAUCAUAAUGCUUAUAUGCUACCUACAGGUUCAGAGGCAGUAUACGUAUGAGUUACUGGUUGCAAGGGUACAGCAGUAUCAGAGGCUGUUGUCCUGCUUGUGGUCCUAAGGCCUCUGGCAGGUUUCUGUGGGAGACAAGAUGCUAAACUCUAGUUCAGCCUUCCUUAAACUUGGCCCUCCAGAUGUUUUUGGCCUACAACUCCCAUGAUCCCUAGCUAGCAGGACCAGUGGUCAGGGAUGAUGGGAAUUGUAGUCUCAAAACUCCUGGAGGGCCAAGUUUGAGGAAGCCUGCUCUAGUUAGAUAUGGUCUGAUCUAGCAAGGGGGUUCCUAAUUUUCAAAAAUCUUCUGAAUAGACUUGUGGCAAAAGAGGGGAGAAGUUUGUGAAUUUAAUACGGUUUUAUUUUUCUUUAAAGAAAAGUUAACUAAGAAUCACUCAAUGGUGGGAUAGUGUUAUUUGGGGUGAGGGUGGGGUGUAACCACUUCUUAAAACGUGACUGCUUAAGCCUUUAUUUAAAAUGAAUUUACUUUUUAAUGCAAAAGACAGUUAAUCUGUGGAACUCAUUGGUACAAGAUGUUUUACCUGUGAAUGCUGUAACAGGAAAUGGUUAGACUUAAUAAAAAGUGAGCCUGCUAAGGAUCAUGCCAGUGGCAUUAUAGAUCAAGUUUCAUGACCCACCCAGCAGAACUAGCAAAAGCGUAUGAGAGACCUGUGAAUCACAUGAGUGCUCAAAGAGUUGUGUUAAUAACAAUAAAGAAUUACUUCUAGGAGUUUAUAGUAUGGUCUGGUAUGUUGUUGGAAUCGUAAUUUGUGGCUAAAUGAGCCAUAUUUUUGAGCCAUAAUGACACCCCUUAGGUGUCCAUUACUUUGUAUUUUCCAGUUUUGGCUGGAAACUUGCACCCAUAAUGAAAGCUAAUAUGUACGAAGAGGAACUCCAGAAACCUCCACCCCAGACACAUCUUAAAGUGAUACAUCUCCUGAAAAUCAUUUAAGUGAUUCAUUUGGAAAGGGCAGUGGCACAGCUUUUGCGUUUGUGGUGCACUAUAGUAAAUACUAAAAUUCCCUCCCAGAGUGUAUUGGAGCACAUCUGCAUGGAUUGUACAGCUCUGCUUCUAGCUAGGAUUUCACUUUAGCCCUGCCUCUCACAGUCUGGUCUGGGGAGUUGAUUGCUGCCUUCCUGUCUCGCCCUCCCCCAACUCAACUUCAUGCAUGCCUCUGGUUAGACCCCUCCUAUGCCAUUUCCUCAGUGCUGCGGCUGAGUGGUGUUACCACUUUAGGUUAGGUCAGAUUAGUCAUGUUUUUUUGGACACCUACCACUUUUUAGAAAGGUAUUUUAGCAACACUUCUCCAAUGCAGUCGCCGUCGCCUUGCUGGAAAUAGAACUCUGUUGCUUUUUUGAAAUGUUAGGCACUUCAUUUUUCAAAGUUUAGAACAAUUUCUGAAAGCGUGUAUAGCUAUGGGGGGGGGGGGACAUCCCACAUCUCAAAUUCUGGUUCACAAGACAGAUUGAUAAUGGCAAACUCAUAUAGUAAAUUUGCCGUUCUAUCUACGGAUGCUCAUGAUGUUUUCAAAUAUUUGUUCUUGUUUGUUUUUGAGAGAGAGUGAGAGAGAUUAGAGAGAAAAUUCAAGACACCAAUGACUGGAAAGCCUUUGAUGUAAUUUAAAUAUUGAUGGUUGUUUUCCAGCAUGUGAAUUCCAUCAGUAUAUUCUUUAGGAAAGAUUGCCUGUAAUGUUAGGUAAUGCCCUGGGAGGGCAUGGCGAUUUACAUUAAAUUUAACUUGGAACCUAACAUUUACACUUGGGCAAAGACAAACCCAGCCUAAUGUGUUACUAAAUCCUGUAAAUAGAUGUAUAAUUUACAAGUGAUGCCAUUCAGAAGAAGAACGGGAAGAGUGAUAGAAUGAGAAGGCUUUGUUGAGGGGUCUGUUUUUAAAGAUGUAGGGGAAACACACACCCCCCAUCUCCUUCCGAACUCUAAAAUACCAAGGGCAGCAAAGGGCAAAGAUGAUACAGCAGAAAGAAGCACAAAGGAAUUGCAGGACUGCAUUUCCAUCCCCUCAACUCAGUUUCAAGUAGCUUUUGGGACACUGCAAGAAAUACUUAAAUAAUUGGGAGAAAGUAACGUGGAGUAGGAACUUUGUAAAAGUUAAAGUGUAUAUGGGACACAUCAUAUUUACAAGUUUUACAUCCUGCUCCACAUUUGCCCUUGUGUUAUGUACUGAGUUGAAUAGGAUCCAAAAGGCAGCAGUCUGAUUGGUCCCAGAACAAUAGGAUUCAGAAUGCAGCAGUCUGAUUGGUCCUAGAACAAUAGGGUCCAGAAUGCAGCAGCCUGAUUGGUCCACAGGAGCCACCCAAUCCAGCUCCAGGUGGAAGUGAAUCCGCAACCUGAUUGUCCUACAGAAGAAUCCUGGAAUUAGCCAAUCACGUGGGGCCCAUUGUGUAAAUGAUGUAUAUAAAUCAGACAUUCUGGGGGAACUUCCAUUCCUCCUCACCACUAUGAGCUGAAUAAAGAGCAUGAAAUCCACUCUCGACUCCGAGUAUAUUUCACCUUGACUGCUGUUGGGUAGCUGUAACUUUUUUGAAAAUUUUGUGCUAACUGCAUGGAAGCUCAACUUUGCCAAUUUUCUGCUGCUCUCAUGAAACACUUGCAGUGUGGCUCUCAGUGCCAAAUGCAAGGAUCCUUUUGAAUUUUGAUUGUUAGGGAACAGGCCUGUUGAAUUCAAGUCCAGUGCUAUUAAUGGGACUACUUAAGUCUUUGGAUAUCACACAUAGACUGCAGCCUAUUUGAACCUUAUUGGAUCAGGGUGACUAAAUGUAAGUUUCCUUUAUUUCUUGGUGGUUGCUUCCAUUUGCACACAUCUAAUGUGUGCCUGCCUUGAAAUAGUCAUUUGGGCCUCAUUGAACUUGAUGGAUGUGCCUCUCUCUGCUGCUGCUACUACUAGUUUCACACACAACACAUCAAAUUAGAGCUGGGUUUAAGACCGAUAUAUUUAAGAUCUAGAGAUGUAAAGCACAGGAUAAUAACAAUUCUUUAGCACAGGGACUCUAACUAAAUUAAUUUUAGUGUUCUUCUUUUACAAGUUAAUUUACCAGCUCAUAACGGCAAUACCCCCAUGACCGCCUCUUCCCAUGUGAACCAAUCCAGACCCUGCGAUCACCAUCUGAGCCCUUCUUUAUGUGCCUCCUCCAUGAGAGGUCCAGAGGGUGGCAACACGAGAACGGGCCUUUUCUGCAUUGGCCUCUCCAUUUGUGAAAUGCUUUCUUAAGGGAGGCUUGCCUGGUACCUUCACUAUGCAUCUUUAGACGCCGGACAAAAAUAUUUCUCUUUAACCAGGCCCUUGGUUGAUUAAUAUUCUUUGGCCUUUUAAAUGUGUUUGUGGGAGGGGGGUUAUUUGCUUUUGUUUUAUUAUGUAUUUUGUGUUGUGCGGCUUGUUGGCAGGCUGGGUGGGGCUUGCUGCACCCCCACUUCUCCGAUGUAUCAGCUGUCCCUGUUUAGGAUUAUAAACAUCUGGAAUCUGUUACUACGAAGGGUGACUGAAGUAAUGGAAAAACUACUAAAUCGGUUUCCUCUUCUCUGCUUCCCCCUUUGGAUUUUGACAAAGAAGCAGGAAGGUAAAUAUGAAAGAGGGCAUGCUGAUUCAGAUUGCCCUGUUCUGCUUCUAAAAAGCUUAAUGUGGUAGUAAGAGCACAGAAAUACCAUUCUUGGACAGUUACACUUUGGCUGAUUUCUUUCCCUUCAUUCAUUUUGCUUACUAUCACUAUUUUACUCUAAUCCUCUUUCCCCUCCCUCUCACUCUCAAGCCGAGAAUAGCAAGCCUAUUCUGAAAGUCAUGCUGUUGUUGAUGAGACUUGGGAUGGAAUAAAGGUUCUGAUUAGCAAUUUAUAGCUGUCAUUCCAAAACGGUUUGCUGCCAUUAGAGAACUCCUAUGUAGUGCACCAUGAGAUUAAAUUAAACAAAGGCUCUGGUCAGCCCAAAAUAUCAACCUUGGAGUAGGGUGCAUGUUACACCUAUGCUUUGGCCUCAGAACAUUUCUAACACACCCUCACCGGGGGGUGGGGGUGGUAAUUCCCCCCCCCCCCAUUGCAGCAUUGUAAUUAGAGUAUGCAAUCACUCCCAAUACAGAGAUGCAGCAGGAUUACCGCUUUCAGAGGAGGCUGUCUGUGUUUGACCAUGUAGAAAUACAAGUGUGAAAAUUGCCUUACAUUGAGAGACCAAAGCUCAGUACAGUGGUACCUUGGAUCCCAAACGCCUUGCGAGUUGAACGUUUUGGCUCCCGAAUGCCACAAAACAGGAAGUGAGUGUUCCAGUUUGCGAACGUUCUUUGGAACCUGAACGGCUUACGCGGCUUACGACUGGCUGCAGGAGCUUCCUGCAGCCAAUCGGAAGCCACGCCUUGGUUUCUGAUCGUUUUGGAAGUCGAACGGACUUCCGGAAUGGAUUCCGUUCGACUUCCAAGGUACCACUGUAUCAUCUAUACUGGCUGACAGCACAUCACCACAAUUUUAGAGAGUUCUUUCCCAGCCCUUGAACCUUCUGUGCUUUAGCACUGAGCUAUUAUCUUUCCUUAAAGGAUGGGGGGCUCCUUUGAGGUGAGAAUUACUUAUUAGUUUGGAUCCCAGGAUAACUUAACUUCAGGAAGUUGACAGGAAAGGUUCCCAUGCUCCAUCUCACCAACCGCUAACCCUACAGACAGGUAUUUUGGGGGUCGUGAGUAGUUGCAGAGGGGAAGAGGAGACAGGAGAGUUUCUUUCUUUGGGUUUCCUUAAAUUAGCUUAUCUUAAGAUUUAAGCCAAUGGCUUCCAUUUUAAAUCAGAAAAAAGGUGGCAUGGCUUUUAUCUUUGAGGAACAUAUUGAUACGAGAAACUCACUUUGGGAGGCUAUUUCUUUAAAAUCUCACAUAACGAUAUUUGUUGCCUGUUGCUGGUGAAGAAUUGUGAAUUUAAUUUUGCUGGGGGUUUUAAUUAAAUUUUACAUAUUGUGAAUCACCUUUGGUGAGGGCAAAGUUUGUAUUUCUGUGUCCCAUGGUUUUCUAUGAAAAUGUUAUACUUUAGUCUGGCUAGUGGUGAACAAACGGCUAUGUAUUGAAUAAAAUCAUGUUUACAUGGCCAAGUUUUCCAUUCAGAAGAUUUCCAAUUUUUUUUAAAAACCCUUUAUCAGUUGUUUAAAGUAUUUUAAUAGUCAAUACCUUGUGAAAUUUAUGAACAAAGGUUAUGAAACUUAUCAUCUUCCUGGGAAGAAGGGUUCAUUUUCAAUCUGUUUUUUUUUCCCUUUCAAGACUUCUGUCUAACACCCUUGCCUUUCAUAAUGAUAAACAAGGAUACUUUGUUGAAUGAAGAAAUGAGAUUGCAAUGUACAGAAGAGAUGCAAGUGAGGAAUUAAAAAAACUAGAUGAGACAUGAGAACAUUCUCAAACUCAACAUACCUAACAGAGAUUUACUUGCUUUGGUUUUAACAUCCCAGAAUGUAAAUAUUUCUGCAGUCCUUUUGAACACCUACAAAAUGGCAGCAUGUUCCUCAAUUCAUAAUCAAAAACUGCUAUUACCCAAAUUCUAAAAACAGCAACACAUUCUUAUGGACCUGUUUGGUAGGGAAAAGCCCCAAGGAAACCAAUUUGUUGAUAAAGCUGCAUGUUAGUUUUGUGUUCUUCUCCAAAGGUCCGUUUCAUGUUUCCCUGUUGAAGGACUUUAUAUAAUAAGAUCAACCGACUCAUGCCACAUGGAAUACCUUGCGCAGUCUUAAAACCAGCGUUCUGCAAGGGGAGCAGGAAGAGUGUAACUCAUUAAGGCCUGGCUAAACCAAGGCUCACGCUUUCAAUAGCAACAGGCCAGUCUUCUGCUUAAAAAUGAAUAAAACCUAGGCCUCCGAUGGACGUUUUCAAAGGGCAACCGCUUUCAAGGAAAUAAUUAUUUCCGGUGAGCAGAAGCACUUAUGUAAGUCUCCAGCGGCCUGGCGAGAGGUGGGGUGUUCGCUGCUGCAUCUGCUUUUGGCUGGGUAGGAUUAUGGCCAUUUUCUGUAGGCUGCUAGCAGCUCUCUGGCUGUGAUGUAAUGGUGGUUGCAGCAAAGGUGCUGUUCUUCACUGUGGCCUAUAGGAGUCAUAACGUUUGGCCGAUCUCUCGCCUGCCUCCCAACACAAGGCAUUUUCGCUCCACUCUCAGCGCACCGCACCUCCCCCAACUCUCUCCACAGAGCUUUUCCCUGAGGCAAAUUUCUUGCUGUCUGGAGUAUCAAAUAUGCACAGGCACUGCCCCCCCCCCCUUCUCUCUCUCUCUCUCCCUCCAAAGGAUUUCCCAGUGUGGUGGUUGUAAGGCGCAAGCAAUACCUUGAAAAGCCACUCAAAACUUUGCUCAGGUUCCCUUUUUUUUCCUGUGGUGUGGGUUUGUCUGCUUUGCUUCAUUCAACUUUGUACAUCUAUACAAACAGUAGCUCCGCAUAAGCUAGAAGCACUCUCUUGCCAUUCCAAUUUUUUUUUUCCUGUGGUGAAAAUGCAACAUGAGCAGAUGGCAAGUAUUAACACACAAAACGCAAUCCUUGCCCCUAGACGCUGAUUUUAACAAUGAUGUAGGCUUCUGUCAUGGACUUGCAGCUAGUUAAGUAGUGUUUACAAGUUAAUGAAUUUGUUCCACUUGAAAUAUUUGAUAUGUGCUGAGGUUCGGCGAUCAAUGAGUCCUUGAGGAAUAACAGAGGAGUGUGAAGUUUUGAAACCAGCUCCUCCCCCUCCUCUCAACGCAUUCAUUUGUCCACAAUGUAAAUUACCCACUUUUAAUAAGGAGAUGAAAAUUAAUAAGGGUGUGCAAAACCUGUUCCUUUUAUUUCCACAGCCUUUUCUGCUUUCGUGUCACAAUGGCAUCACGCGAUUGUGACACUUGUCCACAAAAGUGGCUAUGCCGUUUUCACAAAGUAGAUUUCAAUCAUUAAUGUGCAUCACAUAUGCUUGUCAUGUUGCCCAUUCAAAAACACAGCACCGUAAUUUAAUACAGAUCUUUAUCAUUGUUAGCACUGCAGGUGCCGUUGACAUAAAUGCACAACAGCUUGCACGAUGAAGCUGCCUCUUUUAUUUUUUUAUUUAUUUUUUUACAGAUCUGGUAAUAUUUGUAAUACCUGCUGCCAUUUGGGGAAAGUGGAUGUGCAGUUUUGUUGUUCAACCCGAAAUUGCAAAUAUUCACAGCAUUCCAAAACACAAUAAAAAAUAGAGAGCAGCUGUGCAUGGCUUCCUGUACCCUAAGCUGUUAUAAAUCUUGCAGUGAUUGGGCUCUUAGCAAAUGCAAAUUAAAUACUAUUAUUAUAACACGGCCCUGUAUCUGAUGAUGUGCUUUCUUAUUUUUGAUAUGUUCAACUGAUAAGUUCUAAACAUGAAGGCACUGAAUAGUGUACAUUUUUAUUGACCGGGCUAAUGACAAUCAUAUUUUGGAAAUGUUUUAUGGAUGGUCCCAUCACAAACUUUUCAGAUAUCAGGGAUUUGGAAACAUGGACUUCUUUGAUGUUUGUCUCCUUUAUUCUAGCUAGUUUUUAUUCAAGAAGAAGUAGAAACAGUGCUCAGAAGCCUAGCCCCUAGUUUAAAAAGGGUGUGUUUCUCUUAUAUUCAUACUUAAACUGAGGCAAACCUUUGACAAAACAGAGGGAUGAUAUAUGAAACACAUGCUAUUCAUUAUCUAGAAGAACAGGCAGGCAGUGGCCUACCAUACAAAGACUUCUUUCUGGAAGAAAGUAAUUGUUCAUAGUUGGAUGGGUAAUUUUUUGAAAAUGUCAACCUACAGACUCGUCCUUCAUUUUCAUAUAUAGUUAACUUGUUCAAUAUCAUUUUAAAGAUAAUUUUCCAAAGUUUCAUUAUCUGGCAAACAGUUUUUUCAAAAUGCCGUUUUAUACAUGAGCAAAACAACCAGAAGCACGACCUGCAAGAUGACUCUGAAUUUCUCUGUUCCCUCCUCCUAAAGUUCAGUUAAAUAUCUCUCCAAUGAAAUAGAGAAUAGGUUAAUGACCCUUUAUUGUAUUGACAGUUUGCUUUCUCAUGUGGUGAAUAGGAAAAGAUUUUUUUUUUGUUAGGAGCACAAUCAGCUGAACUUCAGAGAGUAAAACUUACUUUACUUGAGUGUUACAUUAGUCACAAAAAACAUACUCUCCCUACAUCAAGAAAUUAAAAGAAAUAUCUAUAUGUAUAUUAUGUCAAUAACCUUAUUCUCUUCUUUGAUUUUCUUGCCAUUGAGAAAAUGUGCAAACCACAUUUGUUGUGACCAGCAUAACACCACAAUGGUGCAACUUAACACAGCAUAAAUGUGAUGGCAUGUGUGUCAUGUAAACCUCUUUUUAGGAUUGUCAUAUUUUCUUCCUUGAGAAUUAAAUAAUGGUUAGGGGAGCAAUCCUAUGCACAAGCAGGUAGUGAAAUCCAAGCUGGGGUAAAUUAAGGCAAAGUAAAGUACAGCAGACCCAAACUCUGUUCCAUAGCAGGGCACAAGCCCAGCAGAAGGAAAGCAAGUGAGCCUUCAAAAUAGUCUUCUACUUUGGGUUGCCAAGUCACAUGGCUGAGCUGGGCAGGCUUGAGAUGCAGCCUAAGUCCCCAAUCUCUGGUCCUGCACCUGCCACACCCCUGGAAUGCCCCGCUUUUGGGACAUAACACUGGCCUUGGCUCAGUCAGCUUCAACUUAGAUGGCUAAGUCCUGAUCAGCAAAUUAAGCCAAUGUAUCUUUGGCUGAGCCAGGGUCAAGGACUUGAUGCUGAUGGAGAUCAUCUGCAUCCCACUCUACUCGUCUGCAUCCCAAUCUGCUCAUCUUGCCAUAGGAUUGUCCCCAAAGCCUAUUAUAUGUACCAUUCUAUCAACGCAGAGCAUCUUUUGGAAAAAAGAGACCGGCACCUCAAGAAACUUAAAGUCUGAAAGACAAGUCAGAAAAGGGAGGUAGGCAUAUGUUGUUGCUUUUUGAAGAAAGGUAAUAUAAUUAUGGACGCGGGUGGCGCUGUGGGUUAAACCACAGAGCCUAGGACUUGCCGAUCAGAAGGUCGGCAGUUCGAAUCCCUGCGACGGGGUGAGCUCCCGUUGCUCGGUCCCAGCUCCUGCCAACCUAGCAGUUCGAAAGCACGUCAAAGUGGAAGUAGAUAAAUAGGUACCGCUCCGGCAGGAAGGUAAACGGAGUUUCCGUAUGCUGCUCUGAUUCGCCAGAAGCGGCUUAGUCAUGCUGGCCUCAUGACCCGGAAGCUGUACGCCGGCUCCCUUGGCCAAUAAAGCGAGAUGAGCGCCGCAACCCCCAGAGUCAGCCACGACUGGACCUAAUGGUCAGGGGUCCCUUUACCUUUUCAUAUAAUUGUGUGUUGGUAUACAGUUGUACCUUGGAAAUAGAACGGAAUCCUUUCCGGAAGUCUGUUCGACUUCCAAAAUGUUUGGAAAACAAAGCGCAGCUUCUGUUUGGCUGCAGGAAGCUCGUCUGAGUACCAAGGCGUUCGGGAGUCAAGGUACAACUGUAUUCAGUAAUUUGUGGGGUCACGAAGAGUCGGACACGACUAAACAACAACAACAACAAAGAUUAAAGGAAGAUCAGAUUUAAGGGGAAGGGAAGAGCUUCCCCACCACCACCUUUUAAACUCUGGGUUUGGACACGCCUUUACGUUUUCUUUACCAGCUGAUUGUUGUCAUGUAUUUCCUGUGAACCAAACAAAUGGCACAACUUGUAUGUUUUUAAUGUUGUACACUGCCCUGAGAUCUUUUGAUAAAGGACAGAAUAUAAAUGGAAACAACAACAACAACAUAGAUUGGUCAGAACAAACUACAGUUGUUUUUAGCAAACUAUUAAAGUCUAAAAACUUGAGUCAGUGCAUCAGCACGUGAGUAUCAUUAGAUUUUCCUGCAUGGAUUGCAGGCCAUUUUUUUACUGCACUGCAAUCUAAGCUUUUGCACUAGUCGCUCUUAAGUAGCUCAUUUCAAAUAAUCGGGCGCUAAUAGGCUAUUUCAGAAUGGUUGUUGGUAGAUGAACAUUCCUGCUAACAGAAGCAGUAGAAUAUCCAAAGAUCCCGUUGCCCUAACGGCAGCUUUGCUGCGCAUUCUGCUCCGGUUGAGUGUUAAACCGCCUUUAUUCUUUGCCCUCGUUCAACUGCACUUAACCUGCAGAAGACUCCUGUUGCCUCUAAUUCGACAAGAAAGGUGCGUGCAUUUUGUGUACUUGUGUGUGUUCUCUCCUGGCCAGUAGGAGCGAAGCUUUCCUGGCCUGCUGGGAAAAUUCUAGCUCUUUCUCUUUGCAGUUGCUGUGGCCAGCGGUUGCUAUUACACAGUGCUUCACUGUAGUUUACCUAGCAGAGCACAGCCUGCAGGAGUCGCCAUGAUUACUGCAGCUUCUCUUUCUGGCUGCCCAUCCCCCAUCCAUGCUGCAGUGCCAGUUCUAUGGUGAGAGAGAGAGUUUUCACAUAGUCAUACACAAGACUAUUUUUAUUCCCUCUUAGCUGGCUAUGCUAUUGCCAUGUUGAAUGGGCUUUUUUCUCCCCAUGAUCUGUGCACCAAUAUCACCUCCCCCCCAAAAAAGUUAUAUGGACCCCUGGGGUGUGGGUUACAGCUGUUUAACCCUUUAAUUGACAAACAGUUCUCCAUUAUUUCAAGGUCUGAGUUUUCUGCCUUUCUUGGGAAUCAGGAUGGUUUUGAGGCCAACACACUGACCUUUUUGUAUUACCCCCCUCCCUUUUGGGUUCAAGUAGCAGAGCUUGUUUGCAGAAGUGGCUCCUUUUCAUAGUGGUGUAGCGCAUGGUUUGUUUGUUUUUCAUUUGAAGUUAGCACUUUUCCUGCAUCUGACUCCAGAUUCUGGGUCAUGCAUUAAUCUCUUAUCUAUAACUGGAGCGGGGAUAGUAGCCUCCCUGAACUUCGUUUCCCCUCUGUGUGUAAAUGUGGAGAAGAGUGGCCUGCCUUCUGGUGCUGUUAAUUGAGACUUUUCAUUAAUGGACUACCUCUGGCAUCAGCUGGGAAACUGCAGCUCUGCAGCUGUCUGCCAUUGUGGCUACCACAGACGCAGCAGUGGGUGUAAGAAUAGCCCUCCACUUGGGGGACCAUGCAGCAGAUGGAGCAUGUUAAAGCGCUUUUUGAUUUGGACCUCAGCGUUUUCUUUUCUUCUUCCUUUCAGCGCAAGUGUGUCGUGUUCGGAGGCAGCGUUGCACAGUCUGUGUUAGAAACUAGAGCAAAACGCCCUUGCACGAAGCCCAGAGUGCCAGCAGAUACAGACUGUCAAGUGGAUCACAAACAGCAGAUAGAAAACAAGCAGAGGCCCUCAUUUAUAGACAUGUCGCUUCUGGCAACUUCAUAUAGGAAAGCUUAGCUAAGUUUGUGGCUGAAAAGAGGAGAAGCCAGGGAUCUUGAGCUGAGCAGAGGUCCCCAGUGUUGUAAGGACUGCCAGAUUGAUUCCAAAUUUCAGGUUUAAGGCUGUGUGUAUUAUAUAUAUGUUUUGUCAUUUCAAGUAUAGAAUCUAGCAGCUGGUGCCUUUAUGGUUUCAGAGUAAAUGUCUAGCUCUCAAAAGUCUAGAACUUUGUGAGAAGUGUCUUAAUGAAGGCUCCUUAAUUGCUAUGGAGAUGAGCUCAGUUCUGUGUGGUCAGGUGGUGGCUGGUGUUUUCCAUGGCACCUGUCUCCUGCCUAUGCAGCCAAUCUCUAUGCCGCUAUUUCACAUUCUCUUCCUCCAAUACAGAUAUGAAGCCCCCCACUUCUUUUUCUCUCUGCUAUGGGCAGAGGAGGAUUUAUUAUUAUUAUUAUUAUUAUUAUUAUUAUUAUUAUUAUUACUGAAAAAAAUACCCUUUCUUUUCCAUUUCCUCCCCCCAUUCAAGCCUCAUAAGGAAGUCAGGGGGUGUGACCCUUAGGAAUUUAAAAUCCCAAACUGUCUUUCUUCUAAACUCAUAUUCCAAGUAGAUAUAAUUUAAAUUGAUAUAAUUUAAAGAAUAUAUCAUUGUUUACUGUUCAUAAAGACGUUAUGCUUAUUCAGGAUGACUAGUUUAGCCUACCCUUACUGUGAUCCUUAAUACUAUAUACUAUUAAAGUGUUGGGUGGUUGGUUAUAUAUCCAAAUUUACUGAGUGAUGGAGAUGCUCAUAACCUGUUGAUUUUUCUCCUCCAAGCACAAGUUUCUCCUGAUUUUGCAUGGCAGAAAGGGCUCAGGUUACAACUUGUGUCCAGUGCAUUGGGCUUUAGCAUGGCACCAGAAUUCUCUUCCAUGGCACCCACUUUCUGCCUAUAUCUGUGCCACCACUUUUUAUACGUGCUGAAGUAAAUCUGCGUUUCACUUUGCUAAGUACUCAGAAGGCCUCUUCUUGGCAGUUUGCCAACUCCCGAGCUGUUUGUGCCAUUAGUCUCUGACUCCACCUACACUGAGGUUCUUUGUAGAAUGCAGUUCACGGGGAAUGGCUAUACAGGCCCUUCAGAAUCUGGAAACGUAGGAAGGAAUUUUAACAAUGCCUAGUCAAGGACCGAUCUACAUGUUACUUUGGCAAAUGCCUGAUCAUUUUCUGAGAUCAUGUGGGGCCAGAGUAUUGAAACCUUCUCUCUGCCUGCCCAUGUUUUCUCUGCAAGUUCCUCUCCCUUGAGUUCACAACCAGCGACACUUUUUGAUCUUUGGGCCUAGCUUAGGGGAGAAGGGAAUGAUAGGGGGUGUCUGUGAAAACAGCUGUGGGAGGAAGACACCUUUGUAGAGAAUUAGUCGUGAGCAGAAGUCACAUGAAGCACCUCCCAUCUGCUGAUGCUUUCCUAUAAAUGUACUGCCACGUGGGGUUGGGAAUCCCAAGGUUACCUUGGACUUAUUUAAAAUAUUGACAUCCCACCUUUCUGUCUGACAACAGGCUUCCAAACCAGCUGAUAAAGGAAAAUUAACUCAAUAUUAACACAUUUUCCCUUUUUGAAGCCAGUGACUAAUGAAGACACAGAGACAGAUGCCAUAAGAAUUCCCCUCUCCCCAUUUCUUUGGUGUUUCUUACAAACUACUGUCGACUCAGGGGAAAUCCAACGCAAAAGUGCUAGGAGUCUGACCCUCUAAACAUAGAAAUAGAUGUUGGGUAUGCAUUCCUUUUGUAUUAAGGUGUUUUUUGUUUUAAAAAGCCACUUGCCCCACAAACACAGAUUGUGAUAUUGAAAGUAUGGAACUGUUCUUCUUGAUUGAGCUUUGGUCUUAAAACAGAAGUAUGAGGAGUGUUAUAUGGUGAAGCAGAUAAUCUUGUCUAAUUCUAGAAUGGUGGUUAUGUGGACAGCAAAACCUGAUUUUGUGCAGAUCAUCUGUGAUGUGGCCUCUCACCUUUUUUAAACAAUUGGGCUAGCGCUGCUUGCUGUCACUUUGUGCUGUUAACAGACCUGCCUCUGCCAAGGUGCCCCAUGUAUGUUUUAUUCUUUGCUUCUGUUGAGCAGCUAUUCGACUGUGAAGCCCAGGAGAAAUAGGAACUAAUCUUUCCAGCUGCUUGGACCUCAGUAUGGAUGUAACUUUGAAAAUACAGUUCCCUUGUUAGUCUUAUCGAGUGAGCACCAGUUCACUGUGAUUGAAUACAGCGUAGGUAUUUUAUCUUUGUUUCUCAGUUUUCUUAGCUUCUCAAGAAGCAGUGUUUGGGAGUAGAGAUGAGCAAAAUGGAAAGUGAAAGCUAUUAAGUAGUGUAUAGGCUCCUAGAAAAUGUUUCAGACUUCGAGAACAUGAGUAUUUGUGGGCGAAUGAUCCUUUUAUUUGCCUUAAUUUAGCCUGGCACCAGAAGUCUAGGGGUCCUAAGACAGUUAAGCAACACCAUGGCUGGCACACCAACAUAAAAAAAUCCCAUCUGUCUGAAUUGUCCCAUGGUACUGUUUAACAAACUACUUUCCUAUCUGAGUAUCUUUAGAAAAAAUACUAAUUAAGACUCAGCGUCUCUCUUUGGAGUGGUCUUCAAGAAUACCGCUCUCAUGCCUUUCCUUACUGAACUUCUUAGCCCAUAGAUAACCAUUUCAUUGAUACGUCCCAAGCAAAUUGUCUCACAGCAGAAGGUAUGAAGGAUUUCAACAGUUUGGUGUUUAUGGGUUAUAGGCAAGCUUGGAAGACAGUGGAUUUCCUAGUUGACAGUUCCAGAAUGUGUGGAUAAUAUAUACUGACCCACCACUGCUUAAACAGUAUCAACAGAGUGCAUUGCAGAGGUAACCCUCGAUUAUACAAACUUGGAUAGUAAAAUAUGGGAUGGUGAUUUAUUAUUAUUAUUAUUAUUAAUUCAAUUUAUAUGCUGCCCUAUACCCAGGGGUCUCAUUUAUUCUAUAAAUAAAUCUGUCAUGGAAGCUUUAGCUGAGAUUCCUGCAUUGCAGGGGGUUGGACUAGAUGACCAUUGGGUCCCUUCCAACUCUACAAUUCUAUGAAAUAAUAAUAAUAAUAAUAAUAAUAAUAAUAAUAAUAAUAAUAAUAAUAAUAAAGAUACAAGGAAUGGCUUUUACAAUGGCCCAUAUGGUGUAAUAUUGACUGCUGGCUAUCAGCAACAUUGGCAUCUCAGACAGAAGUACCUCUCUCCCUCUCCCGAAAAUGCCUGGUGGUAAAAGUGUGAAUUCUGCCCCUCAUGGCUGCUGAGAGGCAGGUAAGAGGGCAAUGGUGUGCUGGACUAGCAGGGGGCCUGGGCUGCAAGCUUUCAUGUUAUUAUUAAAAAGGUGAAGUCACUAGGCUUAGGGGAAGAUUCAAAGAAAAGUGUGCAGGCAAACUUCUGAGUGAUUUGUGUGAGAUGAGUUAGGCUCGCUGCUCAAACCUUUCAUUGUCUUUAGCUAAUGGAUGUUUGGACACCAGGUGGUUGGAAUGCCUGGGAUAUUAAAGAGCUGCUGUUUCCCCAUCAAGUACAAUUUUUUAUUUCCUGGUUCUGGCUCAUUUUCUUCCCUUUGAAAUCUCUGCAGUUUAAAGAUCUACUAUUUCUCCUCAUCUUCCUUUGCCCUUUAGCAGGACUUACUCCCAGAUAAGUGGGUACAGGAUUGCGGUCUUGGCUUUCUCGUAAGGGGCAAAAGGGUUCAGUAUUACUACAAAGCAGAACUUAAAUAUAGUUCUAAAGUUAUGCUAUAAAGAAAGGCAUAUAAUAUUAAUAAUUCUAACAAAAAAAAUUAAUCUAACCUUUUUAAAAUCCUAUGGCUUUGCCACUGGGGCAGAACACUGGAAAAGUAAGAAUAGCUUUUAUUUUUUUAGCAAGCUAUUAGGAAAGAUGUGAUCAGAUGUGCUUUUCCUUCCUAUUUUACCAGUAAAGGGCAAAUAGUAAAAACUAAAAAGUAGAGUGUUUUGCUUCCCUUGGUCUCCCAACACCAGUGACUGGCCUAAGGUGACUCCUCUUAGGAAUCAGUCUCCUGUGCACACCAACCUGGGAAUAAGCUCAGCUGAAUACAAGUGGGACUUGUGCAUCUUAGUAAACACACAAUAACCAGGUCAGAUUAAGUUUGCUUGAAGUCUUGGAGCUUCAUGGGUGGAGGGUAAAAAAACACUCCCUAGUACAAAGAAGCAUCUGUCUGGUUAAAAGGACUAAAAUUAGAUGCCUGUGAUACAGAGUGUAGGCCUAACCAGUUCUACUCAGAAGUAAAUCCUAUUGAAGCUAGUGGAGCUUCCUCCCAGUUAAGCAGGGCUAGAAUUGCAGCCAUUGUACACUUCCUCCUGUUAUGAGAGUUGGUGGCAGGUUCAUGGUAGAAGGUUUAGAAUGUGAAACUGCGUUUGCUCAGACUGUUGUUUCUCAGGGUUGACAAGCUUUUAGUUGUGCUCUGCUGUACAGUAUCACAAGUGGAAUGUAGCAGUCAGGAGGGGGAGUACUAAUUUACCUGGCUUUGUGUUUUUAUUUCUGGUGUCUCAUCACCUUUUUUGCCUGUGGAUGCUAUAUUACACAUAUACACAGUUAUUUUAAAAGAAAUGUAUUACCAGGUUGCCCAAAUGGUUUGUUGCUUUUUCUCUUUACUUGUUCUUUGCAUGUUUUAGGGUGGAAAGCAGGGCUCCUUAGCCUUUAGCAGCAGUGUGGCAAGCACAAAUUAGGCAAAGGAAACCUUUUCUGGUAUGGAAAUCAAAUUUUGGGGAUUCACCUGUCAACAUUGUGUCUACCAAGGCAAUUCCUUCUGUGUGGCCCAGCUCCACCCGCAAAAGAGGGUGCAAAUUUGCAUAUGGCAAAUAAUAUGCAAAUCUGUGUCAUUUGUGAAUGCAGAAAAUGCAAUCCAUGUACAGUGUACUGGGCUCAGAAAAGCCUUUUGGCACUCAUUCUACCAGUUGGCUUACCUUACAUGAGGGUGGGAACAACCGGCCCUCUAGACUACAAUUCCCAUCAUCGAUCCCUGACCAUUGGCUGCGCUGGCUGAUGAAAUGCCAGCAACAGAGGGAGGAGUCACCUGUAGGCCAGUGCUGCUUUAAGAUGGAUAGGUAACAGAAUGCAUCCAUUCCCUUCAACUUGCUAGAAUAGGGAAGCCGGACCAGCAGAAUUAAACUAUGGUCAACUGGUAACCUUAAUGCUUUAAUGAAAAGAACGAUGUGAUAUUUAGGCGAUAAAGGGGAUAGUGCCCAAUCUUGUUAGUUGUUUGAACACAAAAAUAGCAUUAUAAAGAAAAAAAAAUAUUCCAACCUAUGGCUCAGCUCCUAGUAGCAGCACUGCUGCUUUUCAGAGAGAAUGGCCAGCUUGCUUUGAAGAGGAGGGAGCCUGGGAGCUGCUGCUCAUCAUCUCCAUUUUCUUCACUUCAGAAGCUACACAGGGCUACCUGUCCUUUCCAUGUUCUGAUCUGAGCUGCUGCCCUUUGGGUGCAGACACUGGUCACACUCCAAACUUGGGCCUCCGGAGGGGAAGGGGAAGUGCGCUGGCAUUCUUUAUCACAUUUAAUUAAGCCUCAGUACUGCACAGGUGUUCUUUCCACAUUUUUGAUCUGGCACCUCAGUGGGAAGGAGGGCUGCAUGGAAGGGAAAAAGCCGAGACCAGCAAUCCUCCCGUGCACUUGCUGACUCUGAGUCACCAAGAGAAAACAUCAGGAGGAAGCCACUGGAUGCUGGUUUUAGUGCUGAUGUGCAACAGCCUUCACUGAGCUGUGGCGCGAUGCCAUUUUGAGGCUGAUGAGCCAGGGGUGGGGGUGUUGGCUCUCAAACUGUGUGACGGAGAUGUGCCACUAUCAGUUAAACCUCCUCUGCAGCAUUUCAGGGAGGCUCUGUGCAAUGAUGGGAAGUGCAGCCAUGCAAUGCGAAAGGCAGGUUGCCGUGACGGAGCACCUUUGCCUCACCACGGAUGCAAAAGCUGGAGAUCAGCAAAGAGCUGCAAAGGAACUGCAGUGCUCACCAGCCUUUUUGGCUCUGGUGCCAGCCACUUGCAUUCCUGCUCCGCGUUGAAGGUUUCUUGCCAAGCACGAGAAACUAACUAUACCAGAAGGCGGCCAUCUGAAUUCAGGAAUGCGCUCAGGCUUUGGAGGUGCAACCAAACAUAGCCAGUGUCUCUGUCAGAAACGGUCUCUCUCUCUGAUGCACAAAUGAAAGAAAGCUACCUGCUGGGCUGGGCAUUUAGGUGAAGUCCUUGGUGUCACUUUGCUACAAUGGAGAUACUUCUCCAGAAGUUAAAACUGUCCCACUCUGGAACCACUGGAGGAAAAGGCCAUUAACGGUUUCCCUUGUAAGGUUAGGGAAUGUUAUUCAAGAAGUUGCCUACCUUACCACAGCUACAAUUUCCUUACUACAGUGGGUCAAGUUUGAUAUCAACCUGUUCCAACUUUAUAGCUGAAUCAAAUGCCUUCAAUUCCACUGAGAUGUGUAAUGAUUAUGGACCUCUGGCUGUUAGGAGAGUGCUUCUGCAUGGCUAAAUGGAAUUUAUUUUUUUCUUCAUGAUAAUAAAAAUAUGGAUUUUUUAAAUUAUACAGGUCUAGGAUUUGUGGUUGUCUUCACCGACCUAGGGUGAUGGGAAUGGCGAAGUGAAAUUCAGAAUGAAUUGCAUUUUAAAAAUAUGUGUAUGGGGGGGGGGGGAUGCUAAGGGUUCUUGUAGAGGAAGCCAUCAGUAACUAAAAGUUGAAGAGGAGACAGUAAAGAUACAAAGGGCCUGUUGGUUGAUUAUUCAUUCCUUUCCCCCUGCCCAGUUUCUGGAGGAGGAGAUUAAGAAUAGAAGACCCUCCUAAUAGGCUUUCACUGACAGCUGGCAGUAUAGCAGAUUUCACUACCUAGUGCCUCAGUUCUCUUGUCCUCAAGUAUCUUGUUAAGCUUCUUUCUUGGACUGAAGUUUCAUAAAGUCUGAAAGCUGCAAUCCUGAAUCUAAUUACUAGAAAGUCCAGCAAAACCCAAUUUGACUUAUUUCCAGGUAAACAUGCCUAAAAAUGUGCUUCCAGACUCACAUUUGCCAUUUGAGCAAUGCACAAGAAUUAGGAAUCCCUCGCCCAUCCUGUCAAUCCAGAACCAGCCCCCUUCUAAACACUUACUCAUCCUUUCAGUUUUAUAUGGAAAUGAAAGCAGAAGAGUUUUGAGUUAUUAUACAACAGAACAGAAACUUGUUUGUUUUUUUCUUCAGAGGCAGAUAGUGCUGGGGACAGACAGCUGGGGAAGACUGUUGCCUUCAUGCCCUGCUUGUGAGCUCAGUAUCCGACUGGCCACAUUUUUGGGGGAAAACAACAUUAGGUUAUAUUAGCCUGGUCUGAUGAAGCUUGGUACUGUGACAAGGAUGCAGAUGCCCCACAGGCCAAGUUCAGAAAGUCAUUAAUUCCAAAGGGCCAGACUGAAAUAAGGAUGCAUUGACCUGCAUCUUCCUGCCAGCAGUCAUUCCAGGCCUCACAUGGUCCAGUUUGGGUAUUUGGGGGGGGGGAUUAAGAGGAAUAUUUCAUUCUGCUUCCAAGUCUGCCAGUGGGGGCAUUGUAUUGCCAAGCUAAUGCAAACUCUUCUUGCACCCACCAGUUCUUCUAGCAAUCACUUCCCCCAAAUUACUUGCCGAAAAGCCAGAAAGGUCUUUCACUCACAGAAAGAUUUCAGUGUUAAUUUACUGUUUAAAUGCUAGCACAGAAUUGGAACAAAGACCCGAGAGCUUAAAUGUAUUGUGUGUGAUACAUUUACAAAACAAAAGUUUCAAAUGGUACAACAUAACUUGAUACAAAGGCAAAGGCAGCAAAGAUUUGAGGUGCUUGAAGGACUUGCCACCAGGAUAGGUGCCAUCUUCUUCUGCACCAAAUCAAACAUAAGAUUACUUGAUUUUCAGUAAUUUAACAAAAGUUCAAGAGGUAAUUCCGUCACAAAAUAGAUUCUUCCCAUGACCAGUAAAAUCUGCAGGCAACUCAAGCUUAGACUUAUAUCAACUUUCGUUUGGAUCUCAUGCUGCUAACAGGACUAGAGCUUUGGGGGGGUUAAAACGAUUUUUUACCAUUAGUUUGUUGCAACGAUUGGAAAUAUUCAGAAUUCCCAAAUUUAUUUUUGAUGCUCAGAAGACCACUUCCACUUAGAUAUUAUGUACAAUAUACAUUUAAAUUUGAUUUAAUCAGUUAGGAGCAAUUUAAUUAAAAUCUAAUUCUUUGGCGACCAGCUGAGGGAGAACUAAUGUCUUUCUUCUUUUUCAGAAACAUGCCACAGCUUCGCAGCACACUUACAGCCUGCCAGAACUCUACAGAACUGAAGAUUAUUUUCCUAUCAAAUAUAUAGGCAGCAAGUACCAGAACCACUAAGGCUGCAUUUAAUCGUCUCUAGCAUUUGAGAGAACUUGAUCUGAACAGCUACAGGGAUAGAGUAAAAUAGAUGUUAGACCAAAGAAGGGAAGAGUGGUAAUAUUUCUGCCUUUUUAUCUUUCCCAUGAGGGAGAAACUAAUCCCCAGAUUUGCUGGUUUUCAAGUAUUGAUGGUCCUUGUGCUAUGACAAAAACUUUAUACAGUCUUGUUGCUUUGCUUCCAUUUGGCAUUUGAGACAGGUUUAUGUAAACAAAGCAGGAAUAGCACAUUUAAGAUGUCAAAAUUGGAUGAAACUUACUUACCUUAAGUACCAUGGAUUGCAGCAAGAAGCUAUUUUCCUACUCUCUGCCUAACUGCUACAAUCUUUCAUUUAUACCAAGGUUGUUGCAGUGUAGAAAUCCUACUUUGAAAGUUGCCUAAUAAAGUGGCACAAUCUUACUUACCUCCCCGCUUCCAAAUAGCACAUAUAUUCAAAAUUCUUCUGAAGUGUAACUUGAAUGGUUUAGUUCUGGAAAAUGCAUGUUAUUGAACCACAGCAUGUUCAAAACAAGCAAAUUAAAAUACGUAAUGCGCACUAAAGAGGCCAUUGCAUCCAGUGUCUUAUUUUUGAGGCAUGAACCUUUGGUUACAAGCUCAGCCACAAAGGUAUAAGCGAUCAGAAGCAGUACAUAUAAGCCAUACGAGGCAGACUCCCCCAUAUGAAACAGGGUACUGCUCAUAUACAGGGCAAGGUGAGGCUGCCUCAAGCAGAAUCCACACGACAGCAGAUCCCAAUGUAGAUCUCUAUUCCAGAUCUUCACUCACUCUUCUUCCUGGCAGGCGGGGGGGGGGGCACCAUUUUGUGGUUUGCCUCAGGUGCCAAGAUGUCUUGGGCCAGCUCUCCAUUAAAUGCGAUUUUAAAGCAUUUUCUGAUCCCUCUAUACAAAGUACUUCCCUAAAAGGGAUGAAAUGAAUUAACACUCAUUUUAACAAAGGCAGUGGAUCAGCACAUGGACUUUGUCUGUAUUCUGCCUCUACUGAAAUGAAUGGCACUGCCGGGAUGCCUAAAUUCUGUCAUGCAGCUAAGAACAAGCUGUGUAUCUGUAUUUAUACAGUGUAUGUACACAACUUUUGCUGCAGAUGUUGCAAUUACAGGAGCUCAUACCUUAGGAUCUCCCAGCUCUUUCCAUUGGUUUUGCUCACAACAGCAAUGGACUGUUUAGAACAUUUAAGGCAUGCACAACUAUUACUAAUUUCUGGAGAUGUAGAUUUUAGACUGCAGAAGUAAACGACUGUAUCCUUUCGAGUGAAUUGAUCAAUACUGAAGGCUAUAUUAAAAAUAUAUGAUCAGACUGCUGCAAUCUAUUGAUUUUCAUGAAUGCAAUAUAAAAUGAAAGCAAUCUGGCUCAUCCAAGGUUACCCAAGAGGGCUCACAAAAAUGUCUUUAGAAUCAUGUUGCCUACAUCUGAUGGAACACCUGGCUUCUUAUUAUACUAUCAUGUGCAUAAAAUAAAAAACCUAGUGUGAAAACUUUUAA